GAGUUCCGGUGUGUCAGCUAGCUCGACGGUUGUCUCAUCAUCUGACAGCUGGUUUAGACAGGAGUUGAACGGGCCAGCAGAGGAGACUGUUGAUGGACUAUUUUUCCUGCUUGAGGAUUUCCUACCGAGUCGGUUGAGAGAACCAGACUGAACCAGCAGCCACGUCGCCCUGGUCCGGCCAUGGACGAGCAGGCGGGCCCCGGUGUCUUCUUCAAUAACAACAACAACUCGGGGCUGCCCGGUGCUGGCAAUAUUAAGGCUCCGCAGACAGGGGACCUCGGCGGUGGAGAGGCGGCCCGGGCACAGUAUAACAUCCCGGGGAUCCUACACUUUCUCCAGCAUGAGUGGGCCCGGUUCGAGGUGGAGAGGGCGCAUUGGGAGGUGGAGCGGGCCGAGCUGCAGGUAAGCACCAGCAGAGCCACGGAGGCUGCCAUUGUCGGACACUGUUUUGGUUGCUAGCUAACCGUCCUGGAUGGUGAGAACAUUGCGCCAAAUCUCUCGGAAUAUAUGGAAUUUUUUUGUCUGAUCGCUUUUGAAUGUGUGAAAUGAGCUUUAUAAAGUGGCAUAAAUAACUUCAUAUAAGUAUGACAGAAACUCAUAUCAAUUCGGCAUUAAAAUGAUUAAAUAAUCAGCACACUCCUUUAAAAUAUUCUUACUUUUAGGGGUGCCACAAGCUGUUUGCUGCUGCCGUCAGUUGUGUAUGUUCCUCAGUACAUGGAGUGACGCACAUUCCUCAUGAAAUACAGAGUGGUGUUUUGUUACAGUGUGCAUUGCUCAUUAAUGUUAUGCCGAAUUAAAGAGCAUGUACUUAUAGAUAUGGAACAUUUGCCAAACGCUGUCCUUGAGGUUCGUGGCCCAAUAUGAAACAAGACGUCAUAGAAUUACGUAAUAUUUAAAUGGUGGUUUUGCUCAGUGUUGGAUUCACUCACGUUUCUGCGCUACUUGCUAACCAUGUUAGCUGUGAUUGAGAUUUCAGACUCAUCGGAUGGUGCGUUGUCGAGUUUAAGUAGUUUUGUAACAAUUUGAUGUAGGAUCAUAAAUGCUUUAUUUAUUAAACCAGUCUAGUUCAGUUGCAGAUGCUUUAUUACCUGUCCAGCGCAAAAACCCACUGAAUGACAUUCAUUAUGGGACAUUUCCCCUGUAGCCUGUGGAUGUGUCGGUGUUUUCCCUCAGUCUCCCUAUCAUUAUCAUCAGCAGACCAACACAAAGCCAUCAGUACAUCCAGGUCAUCGUGAUGUCCCCCGAAUGUUGCACCGCGCGUCUUGCUGGAAUGUGUCCGAUAAUGGAUGCUCGGUCUUUGUAUUUGAUGUGGUGCGUGAUCGAGGUGAGUCAUGAAGGGUAGGCGUGCAGGUGUAGAAGCUUUAACUUAAUACAAGGAGCGAAGCUGAGGCUGUCUGCUGAGGGUGUCCAUACUCUGAAAAACGUGUCUUUUUUCCCCCUGAAACGACGCGUUGAAGCCGGAGAUCAGAGUUUUUAUGGUUCCUGUCAGACAGAAUAAUGAAGAAAAUACAGCGAUCGCAAACUGAAUCAUGAACUGGUCUGCAAAACAUCUAGACAUUUUUUUUUAAUGUUUGUUUUGGAAAAAUACUUCGAUCUUGAUUCUGAUUUUAGAACCAUUUUUUUUUACCCAUGCUUAUUUUUUGAUGCAACACAGAGGACAUAUACCAACAAGGAUUAACACAAGAUAAUUAGGGAACUAAUUUAAAGGAUAAGGACCGGGUGAGAAGCCCCAACCCCUGCCUUCAACCAAAAACAAGGACCAUAAACAGACUGAAUCAGUGAUGAUGAGUUUAUUUUAGAAAGUCACUUUCCUUAACAUUUUUGCACAUUGAUACUAAAAACACAUUUUGUUAAUUAAAUAUUGGUCCAGUUUUAUUCCGACUUUAUCAUUUCCUAUUUAUUGAUAUUCAAUAACAUGCAGAUGGAGGUGCACCCUGUCAGCCUAUUUGAAAGAAAACAUCACCAGUAAAUUGGGAUUUGAACAUUUCCAAGUCCCCCAAAAGGCUAUAAUAUGGUGAGUCUUGGUUUCGCUGUAAAUAGUGAGCUACACAGAGGUGUCACUCUGGCUUACUUCAGUAAAAUGAACCCAAUAAGGAUCUUAUUUACUUGUUAUUGAGGGGUCAAAACCUUGCUGCAAAUGAAUUACAAGGUAAUUCUCAGUUUUAUUGUAAACCGUAAGGUACCAUUGAAGUUAGCUUUACUCUGGCUUCCUUCAGCAGUAUAAACCUGAAAAAGAAACUAAUGUUCUUGUGAAGGGAGGCGAGCAGGAGAGACUUAGGAUGCAAGUAGAGCUGGACAGUAUGCCACAAAAAAUUUAAUCACAGUUUUUUUAAGCUUGUGGAGGUGUCACGGUUUAUCACUUUUUUUUUCUGACCAUCUUUUUUUUUUUUUUUUGGGGGGGGGUCAAUUUAAAACUUACUUUAGCAGGAUUUAUGAGCAGCUCCUCACGAUCAAUGCUUGCAUUCUGCUUGGCUUCCUUGUUCAAGUUUCCAAGAUUGCACUUGUUUCAAGGAGACAUGUCAUGACCUGCCUAUCAGAUACCCCACGCCUGGCGCAUUGAACACCACAGUGAACACUGCAUCAUCUGCCCAGCAUCCUAAGUCUCACUUGUUCACUUUAGGUGGUUAGCUUGCAGUUGAAGAAUCAGUAUUGUGCUUUUAUUUGUGUUUGCAGUUAUUUCGCAAAAUACAGUGGAUGGCAAAAAACAACACCUAAGUCGAGUUGUUAAACUUAUCUAGCGCCAUAUCUUAUUCGGCAAUGUAAACAAACACUGUUGCCAGCAAAAUGGCAACCGCGGCCAACAAUGCCUUGCGACAUUGCAUGCCCUUUUUAGAUUUAAUGUUACAAAAUAUCCUUUUUGCAAAUAUUUUGUCUCGCAAUUGGUUAUGUAGCACUGACUUUCUCAUGAAGAAAUGAAAUAGGGUACGAAUAUAGAUUAGUCGAAUAAAUGAAAGAAACAAAUGUUAAGUAAUUGAAAAAUAAUUCGUAGACGGAGCCCUAAAAAAGUCAAAAGUCAAGUUUUGUCAGGUUGGCCCUCAAGACGAGAAGAAAACUAGUUUGAAAAUGUUUAUUUGUUGUAUGGCGAUAGGAUCCAUUAUUUCUGAUGCAUUCAGUGAAGUCAGGAAAUCUAAACACAGAAUGACUUUUGGGACACUACAAUUAUCAGAUUUGUUGUUCAAUUAUUUUUCUACUGAAGCAGAAGUUGUUAGGAGCUGGGAUGUCAAUACAGUGGAUCCUCCUACUUUUGCUCUCCAUGCAGACUGCUUUCUUGCUGACACCUGGUUGGUCAAUGCUUCUCAGUCUAUAAUAGAAACCUGAAAAUUUUCAAACAAUUAAUUUCACUGUUUCUUUGUGGAAGUAUUAGUUUUCUGCAGGUGCUAAAGCCUCAGCUGGACAUGUCUACUCUUAGCUCAAAGUCUGACACCUCAUUAGAGCUGAGGGAUUAAUUGCAUUUGCGAUUACAUCGCAAUAUGAUAAAACAUGAUUUUCUAAUCGCAAAGGCUGCAAUUUUGACUGGUCAUGUUAUCUGGUCACGUGACUUGCAAGCGAGUGAUACGAAGAAAAAUAUAGCAGGUAGAGAGAGAAGUCAACACUACACUCUGUCGUACUAUGGCCUAAUUCUGCUGCAGAAGCUGACACUUCAGAAAGUUUAGUAAUAAAGAGGGGCAGCACGGCAGCUGUGUGGAUUUAUUUUGGCAAAAAAGAUUCUGCUGCGCAACGUGUGCAGAACCUGUCAUGCUACUGUUGCUACAUCAGGGGUUAACACUACAAACCUUUAUCAACCGCAACAAAUCUAUUGACUUUAAACCACUUCUACACAAAGACGGGAAACACAUCCAAUACGGUUAUUUGCAGCACACGUGAAUGAAUAGACUCCAGUGUUUUGGACACCGAUUACAUCUCAGCAUUGGUAUGUAGAUGAGUAUCAUCAAGGUGUGUGCAUGUGUAUGAGCGAUAGUGUGUGAGCAGAGAGAGUCUGUGUGUGUGAAAUGAUAAUUGCCGGAAAAAGCAAUUUAUGUAUAAUUAAUCUGAUGUUGUUUACUAUAAUACAGAUUGAUUUAUUGUUUGUGUUUGUUGAAAAAUACAUUAGAAGAGGACCUUGAAAAAAUAAUCGCAAAUUAAACCGCAGUCGCAAUGUUGAGGAAAAAAAUCAGAAUAAGAUUAUUUUUCCCAAAUCGUUCAGCUCUACACCUCAUCUAUAAAACACCAACAUCAUGUUUUUUGCCAAAUCACCCAGUCCUGCCGUGUCUUAGCUUCUUUUACCCUCUUUAGGCAACGUCUUUCUCUCUCUCUCUCUCUCUCUCUCUCUCUCUCUCUCUUCUCUUCUCUGUUGCAUAAGAUAGACUCAUCAUUUCACCUGAGCUGUGAUAACAGAGCCUCCAUAAGGAGAAUCAUUUACCUUUUAACUGAACUACAACCUCACAGUCAAUCACAGAACAGCAUCCUCUGUGCAUCUUGUCUGUCUGUCUGAUGAGUUUUAUUCUUAAGGUGACACAGUUUACCUGAGUGCAGGAGGAGCUCACCACAGUGAUGUUUGAUUUUUCAUUUUCCUUCCAGUCACCCUGAGCGUGAUGAAGCCGACUGACUGCCAGGGCUGGAAACCAAUUCCAGCCAUAAAUGCAUCAGAUCCAGUUUAAGGACAGACAGAGGACAGAGUUUAAAGGGGGGGGGUAUCAUGUAGGGCUGAAAUGAUUCCUCAAGUACCUUAAUUACAAAAAAUGGUCAGGGAAUUUUCUCUGCCUCAAGUACUCGUUUAUUAGCUCAAAUUGUCACUGUUUCGCACAGAUUAUUUUCAAGGUGAAACAACGCACUACCGUCACCAUGGUAGAAGGGGGAGUAAGCGUGGCUUUGGCUUUGCGGAGCAGAAAAAAUGAAAGAUGAGAGGGGAAAACAAGGGGAAAACACAAAAAGCAACUACGUAAGAGAAAAAGAUACAAUUGAAAAAAAGGCAAAAAAUGUCCAAGGUGUGGGAGGUUAGUGACACAGAGCUGCUCUGCCUGUCUGUGGAGGAGCUUCUCGCUCUGUGGCUGCAGCUGUAGCAUGACACAGUGUCUGCAGGAGUCUCCUGCUGCAAGACGUUGUCACCUUUUGUGUAGUGACAGUAAUAUGCACGUUUUGGGUGCAAAAUAAAGAGAAAAAACACGUGUGUCUUCUCUGGUCUGAGUGCCAUAAAUCAUUUUGCUCGUGGUCCCAAGCCGCCUACUGGUUCCCAUUUUCCCCAGUUCACUAUUUUGAAAUAGCUUAUCUUCACACAGAUGGGCUCAUUAACUUUUGUAGGUGACAGGGAGACAUCAGCAGAAACAAGAGAUUAUUUCAAAUCUAGUUACAAGUUCCUUACAGGAGUUUAACGAAGAAAAAUUAUGUUUCAUCCAAUUACUCGAUUAAUUGAUGGAAUAUUCGGUAAAAUACUUAAUUACUGAAAUAUUUGAUAGCUGCAGCCCUAGUAUUAUGCAAUUGUUUUCAGACUCUGUAGUUCCUUUCUGAUACCUCUUAAAUAGCUUAAUGUGAUUUUCAGAUCCAAAAAAGCCCCAAAGUUACAGAUGACAACUUGCUAUGACUAGUUGGUGGUUACUCAGGGCACGCUAGUGACAGACUUCAGUUUUCAGUUUUUAUAAUACAGUAAAAUACAGUAGUUUCCCGGCCAAAACAGGAUACUUGAUACCCUUGUUGUGAUUGUUUCUGAUCAGUUGAGCAGCAAAGCAGCGUUACCCCUAUAGACAUCGUUAUGUAUAUAUGUAUACUGUUAAGAGAGUGAAUUAAGAGUUUUACAGUUUCAGGGCUUUUAAGUUGCACGAAUGAGUGUGAUGCAGAUUUGUUAUCAUAAGUAAUCUUUUUUAAGAGGGUGAUAUCAGUCAAAAUUAGGCCUGUCGCGAUAAUCAAUAAAUCGCCUUAUCGCUCGGUAAAUAAAAACUAGGUCGGUCAUUUUGCCAGCCUCGAUAAUUGACGUGCGUUUGUUUUCCUCCUCUCUCGCUACCAAACACGCUGGAUGAGAGCAGAGGUCUCACUCUGCGCAUUGUUCUCGGCACCUGGGGGCGUCAGCUCUAUAGCGGAAUGAACGGAGUUAGUGAACCCUCCUGUCAGUCAUUCAGUAUCUUUGUCACGGGGGGGCGCGCGCAGGUACACGUAGGCGCGCACAGGCACACAGACACAGACUUUUGGAUACAGUGCUGCAAGUGAGCGUCGUGAGUGAAAAGCAAGCAAACAGAAUGAACACGACAGCUUUGGUGUCUAAACCGAACGCAACAGCCCAAGUGUGGGAAUAUUUCGGCUUUAAACCAGUUUUGUUUUCGUCAACCACAAAACUCCACGUGUGUGUGCGCGCGUGUGUGUUGGAGGAGCACAGCAGGCUGAUGAGAGCUGUCCGAGCGGACCUAAGCUGCUCCUAUAUGUUUAGCGUUUAACUGACUGGGUUUUGCAACUCUGUUCGUCAUUUUCGUCUCGUCCCAUCAACGUAAACGCACUUUCGUCUCGUCACAUUUUAGUCAUCUCCGACUUAUGUUUAGCUCGUCUUAAUUAAAGUUUAUCACUUUUGACAGGGUGUACUCGCAUUAUUAUGCCAUUUAAUAUCAUUAUCUAUAAUUUAAAAAACGGUGUCAAUAAUAUCGUUUAUCGGCAAUAAUUUGUAGCACAAUUAUCGUCCAGCAAAAUUUGUUAUCGUGACAGGCCUAGUCAAAAUAUUUGUAAUUAUGAGUUUUGUCAUAAUGAAGCAGCUAUACCAUGAGACAUGAAAAACAUUUAAAAAACCAAAUGAAAGCUUGUUUUUGUAUUUCAUUAAAACAAAUUUUGUAAAAUAAAACAUUAAAAAUGUUGUCUUUGCAUUGAAUGCAAUGGUAUUUUUCCACAAAGUAAAACAUUUUUGGUGGAUAGUGAAAGGAUUUUUGUGGUCAUGGAAUGUGCAGCUGACCUUCAUGGCCACCAUAGCUGUGUUUGUUGUGAGGGGAAGCAGACCUCUUUGAGUAAAGUGAUUUUAAUUUGAUUUAAAGAAGAAACAUAAAAACCACCAAAGUCAUCAUACUACCACUUCUUACAGUCAUCACACUGUCCAUUACACCCCAAAGCCCAAAGGGGAUUAUAUAUGUGUGCGUGUGUGUGUGGGGUCUGCAGGUAUGUGACAUUGAGGUGAAGUCAUGCAUGUGCGGCUGUGUGUGCAGUUACACACUCAUCUCUCCGGUUCAGGAAGAUCUCCACUUUCUCCCUGUCCAGCCGUGGCUAAAAAUACACAAACCCACACACACAAACACACAUUUACUUAGGGUCUAAAAUGCUCUCUGAGGACUUCCUCAUGAAUCACAUCCAGAGAGUCGCUGUCAUGAAGGAUUUUGAUGGUCUCAGUGAAGAAAAGGAUGGAUAAUGAUAUUAUUGAUAAUAACAAUAACAACAAUAAUAAUAAUGAUUUUUAAAGAGAGAAACUUUUAGUCCUUCCUGUUUUUACUGAAGUGUUUCACCCACUGAGCCCUCACAGUACAGGUGUUUUUAGUUUACCUGGCUUUUAUCCCUGUGCAUUAAGGUCAGUUUGUCAGCGUAGCUGCAACACUUGUUCCAAUUACCUGACUUUUUGUUACAUGCACCAAGAUCAGGAAUUUAUGCAAACCUCAAACCAGUUUAUCUAACCAUUUAAUCACUAGUCUGGAUUAUGCUACACUGGCCAGUGGCCAGCUGUAUACUUGGAUGGCCUGCACAGGUAUCCUCUGUGUGUGAGAAACACCGUGCUAUUUAAAGGUGCCUGAUCUUUUUCAUCCACUGUUCUCUCUUUCCCAGAAGAAGUCCCUAAAGUUCAAUAAGCUAACUUUGCCUUGUAAAUCUGAGAAAUAAACAUCCCUUUCCCUCCUUUAGCUCUCUGUUUGAUACUUAGGUCGUGUUCACACCUAAAGGUCCGUUUCCUGAUUCAAAUCCAAGGCAAGACGAUACAGUUGUUAAUUUGUUUAUUCGUUAAUUAACCCUAUGGAGUCUGGGAUUCACGUCUACUCUGGAGUAGACGUGCUGCAAACAACAGACGGAUAAAGACGAGACAGCGACAGGCAUUAAUGAGAGCCUACCAUGAUGCGUUUUCUCUUUGGUGUCAAUCGGGACAAGUGAGGUGAGCGGACAACAUUUAUUUCACAACCAGCAUUACAAAUAGCCUAGAUGUAUUGUUUUUAAUAUAUGUGUGGUGCGUUUCCUGUGAUUGGUGUGGAUGAGGUUCACACCAAAAAUGAACCGCUCCAGAGUUCACUUGAUAGCGGUCCAAGACCACCUCUUCGGGAAGCCUGGCUGGGCCAUCCUGUUGCGUGAAUCACUUGAUGUUCCUUCUGACUCCAGAAAACCAACACAGUGAUGACCAAGAGGGUGACAUUACAGAGGCGAAAGCCAUUUUAGAUUCAGUCUUUGAUGGAAAUGCAGCCUGUAGCAUCCUGCAGUCAAACUCUGUCAGGGAGUCAGUGUGCAUGAUGGAGUCAGCUGAUGUAACUGUGAUUAAACACAAUAAGUGUUGGACAAUAACACAACAGAGGUAGUCAGUGCUUCAGGCCAGCAGUCAGCUCGCUCUGCACUGCUGACAGGAUGAAGAUUAAAAAACAAACGGUUACAUAAAACCAGAAAUGUGGAGGAGGAUAAUUGUGUUCAAAUGAUUAGUGCAUGUUAUUUAUUCUCACUCUGUGAACACACACACACACACACACACACACACACACACACACACACACACACACACACACACACACACACACACACACACACACACACACACACACACACACAGUUGCGUUGGAGUCGAGGUUGUUUCUGCUGCACACUUCUCACUGAUGACUUCAUAUUCCCACACUCACAGGCAGAUGUGCUUGUGUGUGUUGACAGUUUGACACAUUGUUCACAUUCCUCCACACCUUGUUUGUGCAGCCUGAGCAUGCUUUAUGCAGCACAUACACACACAUUCAGUGUUAGGCCUGAAUUAAGGUUCAUGAUGUGCAGUUUAGUCAGGCACAUUUCAUUAUGUGUUUACCCUGCAGCAAGAAAUAUCUUGGUUAUUCUUUUCUACUUAUUCCUUAUCUCCUCUCUGUUUUCAUGUCUUUGUAUGAUUUCAUCACUUGUUUUUGCUUCACUGUGUCUACGGUCAUGGUCAAAAAUGAUCAAAUAUAGUUUUAAGGUUCCCUGUUAUCUGUCCUACAGUGAUCCCACCUUAAUUAAACCUUUUGAGUAGCAGUAAAACCCUGAACACUGUGCCUUCAUCUCCUCCUUUUGUAAUGAACUAAAGCCAAAAUAUCAAAAGGUAGAAUUCUUAGAUUCUGAGAUCAAAGGUUAGUAGGGAGUGUGUUACCUAUCAUGGAUUAUAUCAGUUUGAGUAUAUUCACAUACAUCAUGUUCCACAAGCCGAGAACAGAUCCAUGUGUGAUGGAGGGAGUCCUUGUUGUCCAGCCGAACACUGGUGUCUCCUCUUAAAACAACUGGACAUGAACAUGUUUGGCCCCCUUCAGUCCGGUUUCUCUGCCAGUGCCCUCUGUUACAGUCCUGAUCCUAAAAUCUAAUCCAUCUUCAAAAAUGUGGCCCAGCCCCAGUUAAACUUCUCAUACUUUGCUCAAACGUCACAGGGUCUAGAGGCAGCAGUACUUCAGAGCUUUGUAUCUAAAUAAUGCAGCUGCAGGCCUUUUCAGUGUGAGGUUUCAUGCAUGAGAGGGACAGAAAAGUGUGAGUGUCUUAUGUAAGCAGUGAACCUGCCGAGCCUCCAUCUCCAACUGAAACACUUCCUCCUCUUCUUUAUACAACAGCAGCAGGGACAGAACCAGCCCCAGGUCCUCAAAUCCACCCCAACAACUGCCAUUUUAUCUCCUUUUUCUUUGACACUCUUUUUUUCUUUCCUUUCUUUUUGUCUGUCUGUCUUUGUGUCUGCUUGAAGCUGCCCUAUAAGGAAUGGCAUGCACACCUGCUUGUUUUUCAGACAGGCAUUUGGUCGGAGACGAAUGCCACCCUGAGCCACGCCUCAGCACAGUACCCAGGCUUUGUUUAACCAGGCCUGCAGCCAAUAUUUUCCCCAAACAGCCUCAGCGUCAGCCUGACAUGAACCUGCAAACAGGAACACUGAUGCUUGCAACACAGCCAGGACAGAUGUGCAGCAUGUAAACAUCACCUGGAUAGAAUAGAAUCAAGAUAGGUCAGUCAGGUUUCAGCUAAAGUGGCAAAUUCACCUGAUGCACUCUCACUAACAGAGACUUCACGCCAUUAUGAAACCUCUGUGUAAGUUUGUUUUUACAAUGAAACUAAGAACACAAACAGAUGAAUGUGUUCUUGUGGGUGGUGAUGGCUCUGCUCUGAUUUCUGGCUGGGGGGAAAUCCUCAGUUCUGGUCUCUUCACUCUGUUGUUAAUUGGACUGUGAACAGUACAGCACAAGGAAGACUAUACCCAGUGAGUUCCUAAUAGAUAGACCUGUAUACAAAGAUGAUUUACCCUUCUGUUUGACCAACAAACAACGCCAUGAUGCUGCGUUCACUGGACAGUUUAUCAGGAGGUUUUUAAAGAUGACAGUAACCCAGGUCAGGGAUGACUGUGGCUCAGUGAUAGAGCUGUAUGUCUCUCAGUUGGAAGGUUGGGGAUUGGAUUCCAGGUCCUAAGUGUCCUUGAUCAUGACUUUUUACCCCAGACUGGCUCACUCUCACUCUGCUGUAAAGAAAUGACAGUAUGCUGGACUUUAUGACCUUUAACCUUCCAGUACUGACAGCACUAAGUGCUCCAAAGAAGGUGGCUGAGAUUCACAGCCAAGUGUUCAUAAUACACACACACACACACACACACACACACACACACAUAAUGAACAGCAGCAAUGUGAAGGGGAAAAUUCCUGUUCUCUCCUGCUGGCUGAACACACACACAGCUGACACAGUGCACAGCACACUAACACACACUGACACACACACACACACGAUCUCACAAACAUAAACAGACUCACACAAAACAAGUGGAGUUUGUAAGUGUCGAGUGUAGGUGGUAUCUACGGAGGCUGCAGAAACACAAAUACACAGAUUCACAAUGAAUUUGUGAAUGUUCGUGUGUGUGCUUGUGUCCGGGCACACACGCGCGUGAGUGUAUUUGAGUCCACAUCAGAUCAGGUGUGCAGGGAUCCCGCCUACCUUGGACCCUGUGUGUUUUCUGACGUGCUGAAAUGAAAUCCAGUUAUGGAGGACAGCCGUCAGAGGAGAUGUUGAUGAUACUGGAGGAUAACAGUCAAUCAAUGCCUAAUGCAUCUUACAAUCCGGUGCACCUUAUGUGUGAACAUAGACAUAUUAAUUUGUAUUAAUGCGCCGUAUAAUCCGGUGCGUCAUAUUGCUUGAGAAAUACGGUAAUAUUUGUUUUAAAAAAUCAUACUGUAUGUAAUAGUACUGAACAUUCUGUUCCUUGGCUUUUCAUACAUACACACAUACACUGCCUCCCUCUGCUCCUCUCCCUUCUCUGAUCUCUCCAUCUGCCUCCUUCUGCUCCUCUCCCUGCACUCCUCUCUCCACAUGCUUCCUCCUGCUUCUCCCUGCUCUACCAUAGACUGUAUAUAGAAGGGACAUUGUCUGCCUCCUCGCUGGGUGAAGCCUCUAUGAGAACAGCACCCUCCAGUGACAGGCUGCAGUAUAGGUCAUAAAUAGGUCAUAAAUCUCGCCUCCUCCAACAAGCUAUAUGGUGUUGUGGACAAACUUAAGAAAUUUAUUACACAGAAUAUACAUUUUUCUACCCCCUGGUUGUGAUGUUGACAUGUAGUUACAGUAAGACUGGUUUGUGCUCAAGUCCUCUUUUUUCUGUACAGCUCCAUUUUUAAAAGUUAUUAGGGGUUCAUGUUUUCUAUGAUUUCUAUGACACUUGAUACAGCCUAUGGGCAUAUGAAGAUUGUGUAGCUCAUCCAGGGGAUACGCUGUUUGAGUAGAGCGUCAUCACAGCGACUCUUCUGCUGAAUGUGUACAAUGCUACUGCACAAGUGGUGGUUCCAGGAAGUGGAGAAAAUCACGGAAAUACCAAGAGUAAAUUGGUUUCAAAUGCGUAUAAUGAUGGAUGGCCAAGUUGUCCAUAGUAUGUACAGUUUUAUGUGCUGUUCUCUCUCCACCUGCCUCCUCCUGCUCAUCUCCCUGCUCUCAUCUGCUCCUGUUCCUGCUAGAAACAAGGCCACAAUCUUGGAGGCCACAAGCUUGACCCCGAGGGUCAGGACUAAUCUUCAUGCUCAUCUCUUACAGAUAAAAGCCUGCCGUGAGCCUUUAUCAACCGGGUUUCCAUGUUUAUCCAGCAUCUGUGUAGAAUACAGCUUUUAAAGUCUAUGUUGGAAAAACAGAGAGAGUUCAGAGUUGAGUCCUUUUGGUAUAAACAGGUCAAUGUGUAAAUUGUGGAUGGUGAUGACUUAUUCACAGGUUUCUACCUGAUAAGCUCAAGACUAUACAGAAUAAUCCCUCUGGUCAUUUUCUGGCCAAGAUUCAAUGAAAUUCUUUGACCGUUUGCUGUUCCUGCACAAAUCUUUUUUGUAAAAUCAUUUCAAAAUUGGCAGAUUUUCCCUGAGAAUGAGGAUCUAGUUUUAUGACAGUCAAGUUUAUCAGACAGACCCCCUACUCCAGCAGCUUAUCCUCCCCUCCACCCUCUCUUCCCCUCAUCUCCUCGUCUCUUCAUUUCCUCCUCUUCGGCUCCCUGAAAGAAUAAUCCUCUCUCUGCUCCAGAUUUAAGCGGCGGGAAAUCCCCCUCCCGGGGCUCUUCUUUGUGUCCCCAAAUAUUGCUGUCGACUCCUGAAGUGUUCAUGCGACGUCAGCAAGGGGUCAUACAUAGUCAUCAGGCUUAUUAUGGGGUUUUUGGAGGGGCACUGAAUAGAUGUAAGGUGGUUAAAUGUGGUAACGGAGGCUCAGAUGACAAUUAUGGAGAGGGAAAAGAUUCUUCUAUGACCUUCUGCUAGAUGCAGAGAAAUGAGUGUUAAAGGCACAAAAAUUUCAAGUCCCCCUCAGUGUUUCAACAUAUUUGGACAGCAAUCUGAAAGGCUGAUGGGUUAUUGUUUCCAAAGACUGCAUCAUAAAAAAACUUAGUGCUGUGUUGUUGGCUUUUCACUGUGUUGAUGGUAUGUUUUGGCUCCAAUGUAUCAGGUAUUGUCACUACUUUGUAUUGUCACUAGUGCUGUUCUGAAGGACAAAUUCAGGUACCUGUUUUUUACUUUUUCUAUGAUGGAUCAAAAAAAAAACAGCAAGGAACAGUUUAUUUUCAACAGGAACACCAGCCUCUCUCACAUUUACACCCCUAGAUACCGUAAAAUACCAAAUAAUAGCCGGGGUAGGAUUACUGUACUGUUGUUAUACUUUUUCCAAUUAAAUUAAACCUCAAGCCAUCAAAGGAUUGCUGAAUGAAUCACCCAUAAAUGCCAGUAAGGAACUAAAAGAACACAAAACAUAUAGCCUACUGGUACACAAGGCUGAUAAUGCAAGCACAAACUCUGAACAAUAAUGGCCAUAUCCUGGAUAUAUAUGUCAGCAACAUGUCAAAUAAACAAAACAUGUGUAACACAUCAAAUAAAAUAAAACAAUGACAGCAACCUGAGUGGGGUAAAUCAACAAGGCCACUGGCAGAACAGCCUGCUGUCAGACCAAGUCCAUGUCCAUCCUCUUAAUCCUCCUCAUCACCCUCAUCACUUUCCUCCCCCUCCUCUUCCUCCUCCUCAUCAUCAUCCUCAACUACCAGUUCAUUGUUGAACUCUUCCUCCUCAUCUUCCUCCUGCUGCUCGGCCUCUUUUUCUUCCUCUUCCUCUCCCUGUCUGGCCUGAGCCAGCAUCUCUCUCCCUGCUGCACAUGGCUCUCCAUCUUUGAAACAGUGAAUCAGGUGGUCCUCAUCGCCAUCAGCUGCCACUGUCAGGCCACACACCUUUCAGCACAAUAUUCCACAAAUUAAUAUAUUACGCCUCCACAGACUAAUAAUAAUAAGAUCUCAAUCAAUCAGACACACACACAUACCUUGAAGGAAUUUUUCACCAUCUCUGUAUCCAACUCCUCCCAAGCCUUAAGCACCCAGGCGACCAGUAAGCGACAAGCUGGGGCUCUCAGGUUUCCUCCAGCAGUGUAGGUCUUAUCCACAUCGCUGUCAUAUGAUUCACGCAGACUGGCUUUGAAUGGCUGAUUCCAUACAACAUCAGGUGCCUGGAUAUAUUUUGUGCAUCCUCCCGGUAUCACAGCUGUAGUUAUCUUGUAGCCCUUCUUGAGCUCCCUUUUGGUGGCCUGGCUGAUGUGGCAUCGGUAGGAAUCCCACACAAGGAGACGAGGGCCAAAGUUGAAUUUCCCCACUACUUUUUGCAGCCAGUCUGCAGUCAGGUCGUCAUUCAUCCAGCCGUUUUUAGAGGAGGCUAUCACCACUCCACUGAUGUUUUGCAUUGCCUUAACUUCCCUGAUACCUCCUUUAAAAACCACAUAAGGCUUCAGCUUCGUCCCGUCCGCUUUCGCCGCCAGCACAACGGUCAAGUGGCUCUUCUCGUGGCCUGUAGUUUUCAGUGGAACACUGCGCGUCCCUCGCGUCUCCACAGUAGUUGACCCGACCAUAUCAAACCAUACCGCAGUUUCAUCCAUCGCUAUGAUGUCUCUUUCCGGUAUCUUCAUCCUUUCAAUCAUCCGCGAUGAAAAAUGUACAAACUUCACCAGCUUCUCGGUGAAUUCCUUGGCGUCUUUCUGGGCAAUAGUUGUACGUCUUCUGCAAGUAAAGUUGUUGCGGCGAAGGAAACGGUUUAGCCACCCAGUACUAGCAGAAAACCUCUCAUCACUGCUGUCACUCACGGUGGCGAACAUUUCUUUAGCCUUCGCCCUGAUCAUUUUUCGGCUCACUCGCUCGUGGCGCAAACGCUUACCGAUGACCCAUUCCCGCAUUUUUAACUCCAGCUCCUCGCUAGCCUUCUUUCUCCCUCCACCGCGCAGCCUAGCCCUUUUGCUAUCCUCCUCGGAAAGACGCUGAAGUUCAGUUUUAUUUUUUAGCCACUCUCUCACUCUCUUGGGGUCAACAGAGAAGUGUCUCGCUGCUGCUUCUCCCGAGUUUUCUUCUGCAUAUUUGACGACAGACAGUUUGAAUUUCGUAUCGUAUUUUUUAUUUUUCCGCUGCACUGGAGCCAUGGCGAUUGAUCAGUGGCAAUGUGACAUGUGACUUACGCCCUCUACCGGUAAAUUAGGCAAGGCGUUUAUUUGGAACAGGCGGUUAUUUGUCAAAAUGCAUUGCUGCACCCUGCGGUUAAUUGGGACCCAGCGGCUAAUUGGAACCCGGCUGUUAUUUGGUAUUUUAUGGUAUUCCAGGAAAUUCCAGGACAGCCUGCUCCUAAAAUUUUCCAAAGCUGUUUUUUCACACAUAUUUCCUAGCUAGAAGUUGUUGCUGUCAGAAAGAGAAAUGGGAUUCAAGAGAUACAACAUGAUGAGCAAAAGAUCCAAUCUGUGUGUGUCCACUAAGUCCCAGUUUCACUGUAUUUUCAUCGGCUUCUACUUAGUCUCAGUUUCACUGUAUCUCCAUUUGCUUUUGCUGAUAUCAGUUUCCCUCUGUGUUCAUCCACAUCUGCUGAGUCCCAGUUUUCCACUUUCACAAUUUUAUGUGCGUUUGCCGAGUCUCAGUUUUACCGUGCCUCCAACUGUUUCAGCCGAGUUUCAGUUUUACUGUACACUAGUCUCUUUCUGCUGAGUCAGUAUUUGCUGAUUAUUAGUUUCAUUGUAUCUUAAUUUGCUUCUGCUGAGUCUUAGUUUCCUUGUAAACCCCUUCUUUGUGUGUUUGCUUAAUUCUAGUUUCCCUGUAUCUCUAUCAGUCUCUGACAAAUCUCAGUUUAAUGGAAUCUCGAUCUGUCUCUGAUGAGUCUUUGUUUCACUGUAUCUCCAUCCGUCCAUGUUAAGUCUCAGUUUUUCUGUAUCAAGCGUGUCAUGCUAAAAUCAACUUACACCCUCCUUACAAUAGAGCUUCAAAGCUGAGGUCAAUGGCACUGAUAUUUAAGGACAGUUAACAGGCUGUUUAAGAUAACAACAUCAUGAUGCUGAUUUGUAAAAAGCAUAUACUUGUUGGGUCUUUCUGGGAGACAAUGAGAGAAAAGCUUUUAGUAUGUUUUUUAGAUGGAGUUUAAUCUGACUGGUCUUGUCAGGAGGAUCUGAACACUGAUCUGCUGUUGAGAAGAAGCCUGUCAGUAUUGGUGUCUUUCCAUGUCUUAUUUCUCACGCUUAUGUUCAAACAUUUGCUUCGAAAUGUGCUUUAACUGUGUCUGAACUGUGUCACACCCUGUAGCCUGACUGAAGACAGCACCUGAACCAAAGAGCCCAUACAUACGCUCAGGAAUCAGGAGUCAGAAGCUCAGUGCAGUGAUUGCAAACAACUGAAAAGGUUGUGCAGACAUCAUCUGCGUGAUGAUUUGAUCAGCUGUGUUCUCCCACGCUGCUUCUCUGCAGGACUGAGCUGUUGUUUGUUUCUUGCAGGAUCCCAGAGGGGAAGAAACCAACUUCAGCAGCUCCUCAGAGUGCACCUGUUGUGCUGUGUGGGAACAUGCUGUAGUGUAGAGGAUAUUUAUUUUUUUUGUGACAGUAAAAUUGGUAGGAUGAUAGUUCAGUUUUUGUAACAUGAACACACAACAGCAACAAUUCAAACAAACUCCAGGGGUGGAAACAGUCCAUCUUUAGAAAGCUCCAACAGAGCCACCAGAAAGCAAACCACCCAAUCAGAGGCAGCACUGUCUGAAAACCUUAUAAACCUAUACUAUGAGGUUGUUAGGACACCAUUUUUUUCUGUCAGUUUUCAAAACUUCUCUGUAACCUGAAUUCUUCUAGUUUAUAUAAUCCAUCAUUAAUCUUUUAACCUGCUCUGAGAAAAUUUUACUGGUUAUGAAACAUGAUGCCUUCAAAUGACCCACAAAUGCAACCCAGACCAUCAGGAAUAAGAUUCUUAUCUCCCAUACAGACAAUUUAAGAGAAAAAAAGUUGUGCAUGUUUACCAAAUUAUAUAGACUUUAUAAGUGUGUUCUAUUGUUGCAUUAUCCUUGUUCAUUUAGAGUUUCUGAGCUGUAAAUAAUCCACGAGUAAGGGCUCUCAAAGACAUAUUCUCAUCAUACAUCUAACUGAACUCUUUCUUAGGGUAAUUUCACUCUACCAUGGCUAUAAAUGCAGCUAUGAACAGGCUAGCACACUCACAGCCCAUAUUUUAUUUCAAAGAAAUGCACCGCCAGAGUUUUCCACGCAUAGAUGAUACCUGGGCGGCACAAUGAUGGGCAUUUAAAAACCACUUUACAAAUUCUAUUCCCUGAAUCUAUGUAAGAUCACUUUCCUUUAAUUAGAUUAUUUCUUUACCUCUACCCCCAGAGUAAGAGGCCGCGUCUAUCAAGGCGUUUUCUUGCACCAGCAGUGCUUACAUCUUGAAUUUCCGAGCGCCUCUCACUAGCAUGUCUUGUUGCUGCAUUAUGAAAGUGGCCCCUCUGCACUUCCACUUCCCUCAGUAAUGACUGUACAGUUAUUUUUAAAAUGCUCUCCAUGCCUUAUGUUUUCUUUCAUUCAAAGGAAUUUUAAGUUCAAGCAGCAAAUCUAGACCUGGAAACUGUACCCUGAAGUAAUGUGUCUAAUGCUCCUGCUCAGAUCUACACCAUUGUUGUUGACAAAGGAAUUGUCAGAAGUCCAGCCCUCUCUUAAUUCUGAUUGAUCUCUAAUUAAGAGGUGAUAUUGAUAAGCGUGAUGGUGUUCAUAAAAUUAAACCAUUUCUAAAUGAGGGCACAGGGAGCAAAAGAAGCUGAGUCUGGGGGCGUUUUUGUACAGAGGAUGUUAAGUGCUUGAGGCGCUUCACUGCAUCAGCUGGCACAGUCCUUAAUAGAAAGAUUGCAUUUUUUUUCCAUUGACCAUAUUUUGUGUUGUUUUCAUGAACUCCGAUAGCUGUACCGUGUGGCUGAAGUAGCAUUUGUGUCUUGUCAAAAUAAAAUGAUGUUGUGGUGCAAGAAGUAAAAAAGACGCUGCAGGACUAGGCAGUUAGAAGGCAAAAUAAAAGCAUCUUUGAUGACAGUUUAAUGAAGUGAUCUUUUCUCUGAAGCUGUGAAUCCAAACGGGUCAUGUACACCUUUAAAAAUAUGUUAAUCUAGCUGUAUCUCUUCUCCUUCGCAGGAUAUCAUUAUCCUACAAAUAACCUUGUUAACUAAGUGAAGGAACCUAAUGAAAUGCAGAUGGGUGAGGAAGGGUUCCAUCAGAUGGUGGAGUUUCCACUCUCAGUGAGCUGUUUUCUUUAUUGAGGGCAGCUGACGGUGUUUAAUCUCCCUGAGGCCUGUAAUCCCUGUUAUCAUGAAGAAACACUGUAGUCUGACACUUCCUCUCUGUGACCAGCAGCUCAGAGAGGGAGAGCAGAGAUCAAACAUGAUUAUCAGGAUAAAAAGUUCACUUUUCAGAUUAACCUCCAGCUGCUGCAUUCAAAACCUAACAACUGUUUUACAGUGUUUGACAACAGAAGACAUCAUCAGUGUCGCGUCCGUCUCUGUAGGAGUCCACAGAUUAUAUCUAUAACCUCUGCGCUGUUUUCAUCUCUUUUCUGUUUUUCGCAGCAAAUGGCAUUAGAGUCACUUUUCUCUGAAGCAUCUGCGUGGUUACAAAAGUCUGCAGGAGUCCGUUAUGGAAGCAGUAUCCAUAGCAACAGUUCAUUCUCAAAAUCCAUAAAUUUCAAUCAUCAAUGAGAAUGUGUUGCAUGUUUAUAAUUACAAUAUUGUGCAUUGUAAACAUUUUUUUUACAUUUGAAGUGUAACUAAAUCUUUAGUGUGAUCCUGAGUUAUCUAUGAAGCACAUUUGAUUGUUCACUGACAUCCAUGGAUCCCUGGUUAGUGCACCAGCGUUGGCACUUUUCAUGUGUUCCAGUGUGGUUGGUUCCUCUGUUACUUUGAUUUAGUUUCAUCCACCGGUCUGCAGUGAUUCACACACUCGUAUACUGCGCUCUGUCAGCUUUGUGAUGCGGCUGCUUAUUAGCUGCACCUGUACUCCUCACCUGAGCCCUUUCAGAGUUUUUAGACAUGGUGAUUUAAAGCACAGUGGGGUAAGUAUUUUCUGUCACAGUGGCAGCAGGAAGACUUUCACAGGUAAAACUACAGUGUAUGAAUAACACCUAAUUUUAACUAACAAAUGCAUCAAUUUUGUUCAUAAUUCUGGAUUGUGUUAGGAUUGACACUGACAGCCCUCAUAACAACCAAUCAGGUACUAAACAGGUGUAAUAAUAAACAUAGCUCCUAGUGAAGCUAUUGAAUAAUCCAAUCAAGUUAACAGUCAACUUCACUGAUAGUGUGAAAUGGUUUCUGUUGGUUAGAUCAUAGUUUGGAUUUGAAUAAGUACCUGAAAACAUAUGUCAGUUACAUAAUUCGAGUGUUUUACAUGAGAUACGUGAGUCACGUGGCUGUAAACAAAGGUUAUGUAACUAACAUAUGUUUAGAAACUUGAAGGGAAUCAACUCUGACUUCUACUUAAAACAUAAAUUAGGACUAAAUCUCUUGAAGGACAGUCUGUGAGAGAGUUUCCUUACAGUAUAGUCCAGACGGUGGAGUGAAGUGGAUCACUCUGCUGUUAGUUUUUGUAUUGCAGUGAGGUGUUUAGUGAGAGAAAGGAGCCAGAACCCCAGGUUGUCAAAACCAUCCUCCGCAAAACUGCCAGGGUAUGAGUGGCAAGUGCUCGUGACCAGAACACCAGAGUCAGUGGUGCUGUAAUGCUGCGUCGCAUAACCCGGGGAUUCCACUGCAUGCAGAUCCGCUCCGCCCCAGAACGGCAUGCAGAUCAUUUCUUGCGAGACUGAACGAGAUCUGGUGUGUUUCACUGUGAAAUAUUCAAUGAGAUACACAGUGUUUAUAAACACCCACAUCCCACAACCCUGGCCCCUCCCAUUAUCAGGUGAAGAACAGUACAAUGUAUUGACUUUAUUUUAUUUUGAAAAUGAAUCAGAUAUUUUAUUCUGUAGCCGCAUACAACUGCGCUGCACUGAAUUGAUGCAUUGUGCUGUGGAAUUGGCAAAAAUAGAAGCCUUGUGUAUCUGAUUCGACCGCUGAUUGCAAUGCUUUAGAGUCUGAAAUUGCGCAAAUUAUAUUUUAUAGGCAGAUUUGAUAAAAAUAAAAAGUAAACGUAUAUAUUGAUCUUAUCCAAUUUCUGAGUUGGGAUCUUGUUGGCAGGGCAGGGGUAUUCGUUGCCCUGUCAAAUACAAUAUAGGGGAAACACUGGCCUAGGAGUUUGGUUUUUAUUGCCUCUGUAAAUCAGAUUCCUGUGUUGUUUGAUUUUUACAGCAGACGUGAUCGUAAUGUUUGUGUGUUUCACAGAUUUGUGUUCGUCAGCAGGCUCCCUCACUUCAUUGUCUCUCUAUGUCGAUUGACCACUUCUCUGCUCUCCUUCUUCUUCUGCUUGUGAAGCUUUGAGCUAAAAACACAGCUGUAAAUCUGUUUCUUGACACACUUUGGUUCUUUUCAACUCUGUCUAAAUAGUAAAGAGGACAGAUUUGAAGUAUGAAGAGCAACAAACAUUUAGCUGAUGGUACUGUGCAGUUUGGUUAUAUUGUCAGGUAUUGGCUCAGUAAGGCUGUCACGUUUCCACUGACGAGUCUACAAACUGAACAAAGACAGGACAGUUUGACAGUUUUCUAAUAUCAAAGCCUCCUUCUUGUGCAACUUUUUCUGAAUCAAAGCAGCUGGUUAACGUGUCUGCUCCCUCUGUGAUCUGACGUGGAGCUAUGACUGGAUCUUAAAAAAGAAACUGAUGGGAAUUUUUAAUAAGUGGGUAACCCAGUUUUUCCAUAUUUGGAGCAUCAGGAUAUUUUCUCUUUCAAAACUUCUCUGUGUUGAUUUAAACUUUUAACCUCUAAAUCGCAGGCGUAAAUAUCGGCGGUGCAACCAGUGCAGCUGCACCAGGGCCCAGACACCAUCAGGGGUCCAUGAAGGAGGGAGGGAAAAAAAGAUAUGCUGAAAUAUGAAUGAAUGACAGCGUGUCACUGCCCAAGAAAGAGAGAGAGAGCGAGAUGGCCAGGUUAUGUCAGAUGAUUUAGUCCUCUUAUACAAACUACAGUUUGACUUUGUCAGUUUUUCCAGUAAGAUGUAGUGAACGGGUGUAGCAUAGGUGUCCAGGUUGUUUGGGGAGCUCUCCCCGGUGCUGAUAGCCCACGGUGGAUGCAUUUCCUCCAUGACGACGCGCCACGACCGGCUCUGCCUCUUUCUUUUUUGCCACCGGCCUUCUUGUUUGUGUACAUUUUUGCCCUCCGGUUGAUGACACGCACCGUCCCCUGCAGAUUGGCAGCUGACUUAAGAACUUAAUGCUUGUGGUUUACUACUUGGCAUUUCCUUUUUCUGCUAUAAUAAACAUUUGCUUAUUGAUUAUGAUACAAAUAAGAUGGAAACUGGUGAAAACAAACAUGCAUCAAAAUUACAGAAAGAGGUGGCAGGCAGGGAAGUGAAGUUUUUCUCAAUGGUACACGGAAAGACAGUGUGAGCAGCAUGAGAAGAGAAGAGCAGCAGAGAUAUUUAGCCUUACUGCUUCACAAAAUGACACAAACAGGGAAGCCGGUCCAGUCCAAAAUUAGAAUUCUUGGAUUCCGAUUUUAGCUGUUCGUGCGGUGUGCGAUUUUGUUUAGGGCAGGGGUGGGGGCACAAAAAAAAUAUUUGCACCAAGGCCUAUCACUAUGAUGUUACGCCACUGCUCUGAAUGGUCCACUUACAUGAGUAAACACAAUGAUGGCUGAUGAAAUCCUGCUGCAUUUUUUAAGUUCAGGAACCUGGUGUUAAUGAAAAUGUGAUCUGAAAUAAAAUGGAAGAAGGACAUGCAGAAAACUGUCAGCUCCUGCUCUUUUCCCUGACGAUAGGCCUCUGUAGAUAUGUGCAGUAUAAACCUGAACACUUGUCCAUUUAAAUCUAAUUACAACUUCAGUAACCUCUGGCACAGGGUGCCACGUCUUUGACUUUUUAUAAUUACAUUCAUGUUGAAGCUCAGUACCAUUACCUCACACAGACUCAGUAACUUUCAUGUCAGAACUUGUGUUUGACAUUAAUUUUGCUCUUUCUCUGUGUGUGCUGUGAUUCCUGCAGUAAGCUGCAAACUUAACCCCGGUAUAAAUAAAUAACUAUCCUGCAGAUGUGAUGAGCUGUCAGCUGAGUCUAAGUUUGGCUUCCUGGCAGCAGACAUGAAAGCUUUUCUCUUUUUGAUGACUCCUUUGAGUUUCUCUCUUGUCUUUGAAGGAUUUAUGGGACAGAGGAGAAGAACAGGUUUUAUCUGAGUCCAUUUUAAACAUCACUGUUUUUUAAAGAACCACAAAAAUGGAUUACCACUGUAUUAUUGGGCUAACCAUGUCAUAACCAUGUGUGACGUCGUCUCACACAUGCAUAGCAGCUGCACUGGGGCCUAAACUGACUGUAACUUCACUCCCUAGGGAAAUUUUCAGCUUUGGGAGAAAUAAAAGGAGAGAAACAUCUAAUGUAGAUGAGGUCGUGUGUAAAAGCCCUAAAGAGAUCCCUGUGAAUCAAGGAAAUACGUCGAAUUUGAGGUUUCACCAAUGCUGACAGCUCUGAGUCAAUGAAACCUCUGCUUGAGUCAUGGAGUACAGCACUGAAAGUGACGUCAUAAACACCUUACAGUUGCUGCUACUCUGUAUCAGGCUAAGGAGAUGGUGUAGUUUGCCACUGAAGAGAAAUCGGCAUUCAAGUCAGUGCCUCAAAACCUCCUUGAGCAAUACAAGUUUCACACUUAAACUUAUUUCACAAUGAAUGAAAGUCAAGACCAAAACCUGAAAGUCUGAAGGUCUGCUCCCUAUGAUGCGAGUCCAAUAAAAGAUUAAAAUUCAAAAACAUUUUAUCCGCAGAGAUCUACAGAUUCUUGAGAGUCUAAAAACAAACUGUUAUCCUGCUCAAGUUGUCUGUGAUCCAUCUUAACCUGUCAGAGCAGGUUUGAUCUUUCUUCUUCGACCUCAGGUAAAGUACCUCAGUGCAGACGCUCCCAGUGAUGAAAAUUCUGACUCUUCUUAGUGAUCCGGAUCAUGAAGUUAAACUCAAUAGAACUGACUCUUUCAGCUCCCAAACAGAUAUUAGAGUCAGUUUUUAGAGCCAACUCUUUUGUGACCUACACAUGCCCCUACCUCUGUGUAGAUACUGUCUGCUGCCACAGUAUAGCGCUCCAGCACUGACGUCAAGAAACACAAAAAGGAUAAAAGACAAGUAAAAGGGAAGUAAAAGGUUUUAGUUGUGAUUUUUUUAGUUAACCUCCAGGCUAAUACCUGAUAAAAAUGUAAGGCCAGUAGUUUUGACUGACUCCUAAUGGUUAAUUCUACUUUGACUACAAAUAUACUAUAAAGACGUACAAUAGUAAUGCAUAUUUGUUAGACAAUCUCUUGUUUUAUUGCCUCUCUGGUGGGGUUUCAUGUCCUAGGAGUCAGCUGUGUGAGAGCAUCAGGGGAUGAAGAAACAGCUGAAUGUACUUUCCAACCUGUUUAACAUAUUUGCUGCAUCAGAUGAUUCUCAGACUAACUGGAGCUGAAACUAAUGCGACUACUAAAGCAGAGAAGAGGAGUGGUGUGGGAUCAUCGGAGAGCUGAUGGUCAUGGACAGUGCAUGGUGGAUGCUCAGAGUUAUCUAGCUGCCUUAAAUCUGUGUUUCAGUCUUGACACUCAGCUCUGUAGAUCGGCAUCUGCUACUGCUGCCGCUGAAACGUUUGGAGAUGUCAGUGAAAUCUAUAAUUAUGAUGAAAACACCCCCAACAUGCUGUUUCCUACACAAACGCUUCUCAAACAUCACCCAUCCAGUGAGUUCACUGUCGCCCUCAGAUGCCAUGGCAACAGAAGAAAGAGAAUCACAGGCCGAUGAUGGAGUCACUGCAGAUGUUAGAAUAAAUAAUCACAAUGUUCCUUUACCUUCUCUCUUUGUAUCAUAGUGAAUCCAAAAUGCUGGAGCAGAUCUAAUUCAAACAGUUAAUUUGAGUUAAUGCAUCAGUGAAAGAAAGUCGAACAAUGAUCAAGUAGACAUUAAAGCUUCUGUGAGGAAUUUUUAUUUGGUGGUCGAACCGACUGUAUCAACACUAAUACCUCCAUGUGACCCACAGCCCAUGAGCAUCGAUGUUGACAGUUUCUAUAAUGUCAUUACUGAUGUUUACAACAGCUGACUUAUUGACUGUAAAAGUUCUCAGUGAGUUUGACUGAAUUAUGCAGGGGCUGAUUUUUUUUUUUUUUUGCAAAAUGUUCAAACAGUUAAAUUGAAAAAUUUGGCAAAAGAUGAGAGGUACUGUUUUCACCACAUGGGGUUGCCAAAAUUAACACAAACUGAAAGUUUACUAUAGGAGCUUUAACACGAUGCAAAUAUUUCACAGAGAUGUUGGGAAGAGAUUUUGACAGUGACUGAGCUUAGUCGAAAAUAUAGCACUACUGUACAACACAUCCAACCUUGUUACUACAGCAACAGCACUGAUGCUAACUAUAACAGUUAAAAGCAACCGAGUGGUGCACUAUCUUUGAAUUACAAACUGAUCCCUGAUUGAUAGUUGGCUUAAAUUUCAGAUGUCUGACUGUCAUUGAACUCAACAGCAGCCUUAGAGAGAAGAUGAUCAAACAGCAUUUUUGUUCAGACAGAAACAGAGUCCUUCAUCAAGGUUCAGAGAUGAAAACGUCACCACCAGGAGCCAGAAAAGGACCAGGAGGCCUCUUGGCUGAAAUCUGCAGAUCAUACUCAGUCUUUUCUUGUCUAAUGUUUCCAGAAUGCUGAGCUGGUCUAAUUUUCAGAAUGAGGCGUUUAUCCUCUCAGGGAACUGCAGACGCCUCCAGUGAAGAGCAGCCUACUUAAGAGAGGGUUUGAUGUGACAAAGGCCUGAGCGUCAUACUUCCUCCUCAGUGUGUGUUUGUGGCCUGGAGGUGACAGUCAUCCAACAUCAGUGACCACUCUGCUCGUCACAAUGAUGAUCUUCAAAUUUACUCUCAAACCACAAAUCCUUCUUCUGUUUUCUAGUGUCAUCUGGAGAUUUGUUGGGAAAUAGUUCUGGAAGACACAUUUUAGUUUUUCAUGUUAUUUUUCAGGUCAGAACUAAAGGGUGGAGCUGCAGGAGAGUCAGGGCUUUGCCUCACAUCCAGUCAUAGUCAAUUAGAUGAAAGAGGUUUAAGUGAGACCCAAUUUAGCAGUUUUACCCUAAAUAAAUUGGAUAUUGUGUGCAUUCAUUCUAAGAUCAUUUUGAUAACUCGCUGAUGUUCAGGGAUCUCGGGUUACUGGAACAGCUUUUGCACUUUUCAGGAUUUCCACUUUAGCUGUGAUUUACUUUCGUCAAUGUGUUGAAUGCCCAAACAAGUGCUGUGCAGGCUUUGCUGAUGUGGUUACCUGCUGACACCAGUCAGAUCAGCUGCACCUGUACGCUGCGCUCAUAGAUGGAAGCUCAAAGUCACUGUUUAGAGGACUGCUGUUCCCCUCUCAGUCCUCUAAACCAAGAGUGCUGCACAGCCUCAUCUCCCCUGACGGCCCCCAGUGCUCGUUUUCAUCUCGCUUAUUAAUUAUAAGAGCUGACCUGGUUUUACAGUGACUGUACACAGAAAAACGUCAGUAUGGGGAGGAGGAGAGUGGGACCUCAUUGGUCUAGAAGGCUUUGGGGUGGGGGGUGGGGGGUUAUGGGGUGCUGUUGUCAUGAGUCCAGCUGGGAAACAUCUGGUUCUUCCUACAUCCCCUUAACCUACUGUAAAGUUACAUUUAAAGAUGAACACAGCAGUUCCAGCAUCUUCAUUUCCCAGUAAGACAUCUUUCAAAACUUCUUUGAAGAAUAGAUGAUCUCACAAAGAAAACAGGUUUAAGUUUUCAGUUGACCUUCUCAGGUCAUUUAACCCUGACCUCAGCAGGUCACAUGUCAUCUUUUCCCAUGCUGUGUGUUGUCUCAGGAACAUUAAGGCAGAUCAGGUUCAGAGGCUUUGUGUUUCAGAUGGUCACAAGUUCCCUUUCAGUCCCUGUCCCAUUUCCCAGCAAGCUUUGGGGCCCUUGGAAUGCAGUACCUGCUGACCUGCUGAAUGUUGGACCUCCCCCUCCCUUUAAUAAGUUUGAUUUUUGGAUCCAUAAAUUGUGAUUGAAAAAAACCUCUGAAGUGAAACAACUUCUAGAGUCAUUGUGGAUGCUGUUCCAGUGUAUAUGGGUAAAAAAAGCGGGGCUCAGGUAUGCUUAUUUUAUGCUUUAGUUUAUAAGAUGUAGUGCAUCAAAUGUAAAAAAAAAAAAAAAAAAGCCAGAGCUUUACUUCAUAAAAAUAGUUGAUGACAUGUAAAGAUACAUGACUUUAAAGUGUUGGAUGUUAAAGUUCCUACCUGGUUAUCCUUCCAGUGGAUAAAAUUCUAAAAAGUGCCCUCUGGAUGCUGCACCACUAUAUUUACAAGGUGACCCUGUAGUACAUGAAACAUUUUCAAAGGUCCUCCAGGGGACACUCUUUUGGUUUAUGAAAUGUAUAAAUAACUGUUCGUAUUUAUACAGCUCUUCAGUCCAUAAUGUAAAAAGUUCCCUCUGGAUGCACUAUCAAUAAACUAAGUGUAAAAAAGUUCCCUCCAGUUGCCUUUUCAGUAUGAAAGUUGAAAAAGUGUGACAAGGAAGACUAUGUCGAUUGUGCUUUAUAGAUGAACAUAAACAAUGAAACCGUGAUGAAAACAAUGUUUUUUUCUGAGCUGCAGGAUAGUAACGUUAUCAAAUGAGAAUUAAAAGACCAAACCAAAAAGUGAAAUGUUGAACCAGGUUAGUGUUUUUGUUUCAUUGCUGGUAAAUGAAGGUUAAAUAUUCUGAGUUUAUGUCUAAUAGUUAUUCUGUGGCCAGCAUCCUGUGUGCAGAGGGUAAAAACCAGCCUGCUGCAGAGUCUGGGUUCAAACAAAGAAGUUUGUGAACAAGUUCCCAGAGUAUUUUGAGGAACUGUUUCAGCCUAGGUCUUAUCGUUUCAUAUGGUACAGUAUGGCCUGGUAUGACAGUGUGUUGUUUUGUAUUAUAUCACAGUGUUUUGUUCAUAUUAUUGUAUUGCAUUUCAUCUUAUCAUGUCAUAGUGUAUCACACUUUACUAUCAAAUUUGGUCAAUUCUAUCCACUUUUUCUGCUGGAAGCUUGCACAUUUUUCUGCAUAAAAUUGGAUGCUCAUAUUUACAUGGAGACAAAAAUCUUCAAACUGCUCACAUGUCUUUGUGCUUUAUACGUUUUUCACAGACGUGAUAAAAAUGACAGUUAAUCUUUUUUUCGUCAUAAAGUAUAGAAGAAAAUUAUAAGUGGAGAUUGUUUUUAUAGGCAGAUGUCAGUCUGAAGCUGAUCCAGUCUUGUUUCAUCAGUGCCAGACCGUUAUCAUAGUCAGGGACUCAAAUGAAACCAGGAGGGUGUUUCAGACUGAGAUGAUUUCAGUCAGCGGCUCUUCAUCAGAUAUUUCUGGAUGUUUUCAGGCUUUGGAUGGAGGGACAGAGGCUGAGCUGGGGUUUGUGAUUGUUGGAGUUAUUUCAGCCUUCACAGCACUUCCCUUCAGAGAAAUCACACACCGUUUCCUUAAUCCAUAAAAACCACACACACACACACACACACACACACACACACACACACACACACACACACACACACACACACACAGUGUUCGGAGAAGUGGGAGACUGAGCAGCAGUUUAGAGAUAAAGCAAACAGAAUGAGACUGUCUGAAACUUUAAUGAUCUCUGAGGGGGAAUUGGAGCCAGACAGAGGAGCGAGAAUAAUUACAGAAACAAAGAUUACAGCCAGUGAAUGGAUCCUCAGUCUCCUCUUUGAUUUCCUCAUCAGCAGCAGCAGCUAUGGAGAUUUGAUGUUUUUACUGACCCUCUUUUAGUCUUCUCCGCCGUUUUUUCAGCCUCGAACAAUUACCUGAAUUUUGAUGUUUUACAGAAACUCAGUGGAGAUCAAGCCUAAAAGAAAAGAGUCAAGUUAAACCCUAAUGAUCGGUCUUUUCCUCUGUGUGGUUUGCAGGCUCAGAUAGCCUUCCUGCAGGGUGAGAGGCGAGGGCAGGAGAACCUGAAGAAGGACCUGGUGAGACGGAUCAAGAUGCUGGAGUACGCCCUCAAACAGGAGAGGUGAGAUCACCCUCCCUCUGUAUCAGUGUGAUUUUACAGUUUGGUUUAGCACCGUAUGGUUCAAACCCUAAUCUUAUUUCACAGCAGACUGUACCCCCAUCUGUGGCGUCAUGCAGGAAGUGUGUCGGCUGUGUGAUAGCUACAGGGGAGCUUGAUUUUGGACAUCCAUUUAAAAAGAUGAGACCGCUCAGGGCCCUGAACUGAAGGCUUUAUUUGCCGUGCAUGAGCAAUGUUACUAUGUUAAGACAGUUAUUUGAUAAAGGAGUAACAUGCACAAAAGAAAAGGUCGUCAUGAAUUUAAGUCCUCGUCUGAGUGUCUGCUCUGAAGUGUGUCCGCUGAUCAGCCCAUUGGUGUGAAAUUGAUCCAUCCACCUCACAGAGCAGCUGAUCCUCUUAUGGAGCUGUGGGAAAUGAUCUGGCGUCAGCUUUUUAACGCUACAGUUGUCUGAUUGUUUGAUUGGCACAUCUAGAUGCCACUCACUGACGCGUGUGGAAGAAGGGGAUUGUGGGAAAACUCCAACACACACUAAAAUAUAAAAAUAUUUUAAAAUCACACAUCAGGGCUGAUCUGAAGCUGUACAGAACACUAAGGCUGGAGGUAGUUUGAUUCUCACAAACUGUUUAAAAGAGAUCGAGCUCCAUUGUGAGUUGAAAUAUACUGUCCUGCCAGCUUGCUGUGCAUGUUGCUGGAGGUUUCCACUAGAGGCCACAGCAAAGAACUUGGGCCCAACACAAGAACCCCAACUUUAACCAUACUUGAUACAGAAAUGGAACCGUAACUCACAUGGGAAAUUUCCUCAACAUUAUUAGUGAUUUUUAAUACUUAACAAAUGUUUAAUUGUGCAUAACAAAAAAGUACAAUUAAAAAAUGGAAAACAUUCUUUAGUGUGUGCAAAAGAAUAUUUGGGCCAACUGAGAAAAAAUUUGAUGUCUGACAGAAUUCUGAAUUCCAACUUUGAUCUCAGAAUUUCAACUUUAUCUCAGAAACCCCAAUUUUAUCUCAGAGUUUCAGCCUUUGAUCUGAGAAUUCCUACUAUUAUCUUAGAAUUCUAACUUUUAUCGCAGAAUUUCCACUCUGAUCUCAGAUUUCUGACUUUGAUCGUAACCUUCAUGUUGCUUCAUUACUCAUAUAUUAUCAUGUGUCAUAAUGCUGAGUCAUAUGUCACACAAUGUGGCUGUUAGUUGGACAGGAGAUAAUGGUUGUUAUUUUUGGUCGUUUGCCUAUGUAUAUGGAUAUCUUCCUUAACUUCAUACACUUAAACUGAGGUGGUGCAACAGGGACGAGAAUUUUGAGAUCUAAGUCACAAUUUUCAAAAAUAUUUAGCCUGAAAAAAGUUAUUUUUCAGUCUCCUUAAUCCAUUUCUGUAUAUAAUCCUUGAAGGCUGAAAUUUCAGCUCAUAGGUGGCAGCCCUGAUGCUGACAUUGUGUGAACAUGUCUGUUUGUGUGUGUGUUUUCAGGGCGAAAUACCAUAAACUGAAAUAUGGGACUGAGCUGAACCAAGGGGAGAUCAAACCACCAAGUUAUGAUUCAGGUGAAACAAAGCUUUUUCUCUCUCUUUUUUUUUGUUUUGUUUUGUAAUUUUGUUUCCUGAUAUAAAAUAAAACAUAUCAAUCAGGGCAGCAGGAGGCACUUUAUAUCACAGCACAGAGACAACAGGGGCUGUAAGCCAGGAGUCAGAUCUGUUUACCUUUUAAUAAAAAAGGAACAAAAAAUGUUUUUUCAUUGUUAUGACUAUUCCUUUGUUUUUUAAAGGUGCAAUUUUAAUGUUUUUGUUAUUAUUGUUAUGUAAAUAGGUGAUUUUCAAAAAUAUUUAAGCCCUUUCAGUGAAAUUGGAUAUUUAAGAUAGACUUUUAUGUUGAUUGACUCACUUUUGAACAGCCUCUUGUGGACAUUGAAGGUACUGCAGUUUUAACAGUUGCUCAGUCAGUAUCUUUAGAGGAUAAGCCUCAUCUUGUAUACUGAUAGAUGGACAUUAUGUUGAACAUAACUCUUUGGGGUAUUACAUCCUUCAUGGGGACCCUGCAAAAUCUCCUAGGAAGAGCUGCAGGAUAAGUCCAGGGAGAUCAGUGGAUGAGGCUUUGGGAAUAAAUGGAUGGAAACAAAGUGAAAACUCUUUCUCUCUCUCCCUCUCUCUCUCUCUUUCUCUCUUUCACUCUUUCACUCAGAUGAUGGGAAUGAAAGCGAGGCUCCCAGUCCUCCAAACAGCAGCCAUCAGCUCAGCUGGAAACAAGGACGCCAGCUGCUCAGACAGUGAGUGAGCGUGCAUGCACACCCACACACACUGACUGAUUUAGACUUGACAGUGUCAUGGGACGGUGGACUGAGUGUGUAUUUUAAGUGUGUGUGUGACAGAGAACAAAGAGCUCCGGGGUCAAUCCUCUUAAUGCUGAUUAACACUUUUAAUGGGAAUCAAUAGGAAUAAUCCACUCUGACCAGUCCUUAACCAAUACAGCUGGAAAAAAAGACAUUAUCACUGAACUCUAUCUGCCUGUCGUAUCCCCGCUAUGAGUUUUGAAAUGAGGCUAAUUUUUGCAUGAGAGGCGGGGCUUCCUUCACGCCGUUUCACUGUUUUGAUCAGAUAUGGCAGAGGUACAAGACUCUGUGAGGAUUGUUAUGUUUUCACAUCUUACCUGAUAAUCUGACCUCAUCAGUAGCUAGCCGAGAGUAGCCUUACAAUACCUCCAUCUGUCUGUUAUUGACAUAAGUCAGCUGGGGGAUCUCCAGGCUGAUUGGUUGUCAUAAGGAUAUAAGACCGGCAGCGCAAUGAAUGUCUGGCAGAUUAGUAUCAAUGCAUACAACUAAUGACAAUAAAAUGCAUCAGAUGUUGUAGCGCUUUUUUAUCACUAACCUUAAAACACUUUACAUUGGAUACAUCAUUCAUUCGCUUACACAGUGACACCCUGGUGGUGGUUCACUACCUUGGUAGUCACAGCUGCCCUGGGACAGACUGAUAGAAACGGGACUGCCAAUUUGCACCUACGGCCUCUCUGACCACCAUCGAAACAACACUCACAAUCAUACACCAGUGGAGGACACACACUGGGAGUACAGUGGGUUAAAUAUCUUGUUCAAGGACACAGAGACAAACUAGGGAUAGGACGGAGCUUGAACUGCCAGCCUUCCGGUUACUGGACAACCGCUCGACCUCCUGAGCUACUGCUGCCCAAACUUGAUCUAGAGGGAAAGAUAAGCAGUGACUUGUUGACCCUUGGCGUUCUCUCUAUCCAACUUAUUAUCAAUUCUCCUUUUGCUCACAUGUUCAUAAGUCUCAUUCGCGCAUAGACUAUUUUUUCAUAGACAAAACACUUCUCUCCUUAGUGGCCUCUACUGAAUACUUGGAAAGAGUGAUCUCCAACCAUUCGCCUCUAGCUUUGGACAUGAUUCUCAAAUUGCAGCUUAGAGGAUUCUGCCUAUGGAAAAUGGAUCCCACACUGCUCUCUGACUCCCAAUUUAACACUUGUAUUACUGAAACAAUUGACAUGUUCUUAGAAACUAAUUGUACUGGUGAUGCUAGCCCUAGUUUACUUUUUGAGUUUCUUAAAGCAGUACUUUAAGAGAGCGGCAGAAUUAUCUCCUAUUCUUCACAUGUUAAAAAGAAGAAAAAGUGAAAACAAGAGCUUUUACAGUCAUUUGUUGCACGUCAGAAGGAAUUUCUUAGGUUGAGUAAAAUAGUCAUUGGAGACCUGUGAUAACUUCUCUGUUUCACUAAACAGGCAUGGUUCUCCCGGUGAAUCGAUAAUGGCGAUGGUUCACAGAGGCGAUAUUUUUGUUCCACCUGUUUAACUUUGUCACAUCUGUGCAGCUGUGAUAAAAACUUGACUCUGGAUGUUUUUAUGUUUAAACUGAUGCAUUAAUGUGUCUGUAAGAGCGAUGGGCUCUUUAUUAUUUAUAGUUGACUGUGUAUGUGUCUGCAGCGGCUGUGUGGUGACACUGAAUGGAGGAUUGUGUUAAGGCAUCGAGGCCUCCUGCGAUCGGAGAGGCUGGUACAGAGAGAGGGAGGCGGGCCUUCCCCUCUCUCUCUCUGUCUCUCUGUCUCUCUCUCUCUCUCUCUCUCUCUCUCUGAAUAAACACUCUUGGUAUUAGUCAGAAUUAAAACCUCUGUCCACUGAGGAUUGAACCUCUCCAUUAAACGCUGCUCUCGGGUCAUUAAGCUCCGGCUUCUUCGCUAUCUCAGGGUGAAGGUAAUGUACAAAGAUCAGUUUGAGCUUCUUUUACAUUAGUCAACAUCUUCAGGACCUAACUUUGUAUUAGAUAUUCAGAUAAAAGGGGAACUGAGCCGACUUGAUCUUACAAAAAAGAUGCUGUCAUGGGCAUCAAAAUCGGUCAACUCUUAAAAUUAAAUAUGUUGUGAGCAGCUAACCAAAUAUUUACUUAAGUGCAGUGAUGCUUCAAAAAUGUCCUUUUUUCAACAUUUCUAAUAGAUAGAAAGGGUGAUCAAACUUAUUUGUGCACAGAAAAUAUUACAUGUCAGUGCAGUAAGCUCCUUAAUUAGAAGAAUCAGAUUUAUUUCAUGCGAACUGCACUUAAAUCUUUCUAAUUUUUCUCAGUUUUUCCUGCUUUAUGUUCAUUUUUUCAAACACGGUUGCAUUAUGGGCAUAACCUGAACUGAAAAUGGUGGUGUUGCCCUUUAAGGAUGCUCCGCCAUUGAUAUAAUUGUGGUGUUGUGCACUUCAGCGGGUACAGCAUGGCACCAGAGGAAGAGGCUGAAAAACAGAAUGAAGAGAGGCGUUCAGGGUCUGCUCUGGGAUUUCUUGAAUAUAGAAGUCAAAGGAGGUCAAUGGACUCUACUUGUACCUCAAACAUUAACCUCCAUCUGUAUCAAACUGACUUUAAAUUUGCAGGUGUUUCAAGGAGUUUGGACACUGUGAAAAAUGUUUAUUUAACCAGAUUGUGAAUAGUUUAAAAUCCUUUAAAUGGGUUUAACUGAAAAUAGUGCAAAAGUUUUGGGGUUUUUUUUGUUUCAAUGGGUAACAAGUCAGGACUACAGGCAAGCCAGUCUAGCAGCAGGACUCUUCAGCUACAGAGCCAUGCUGUUUCACUACCUGCAGAAUGUGGUUUGUCAUUGUCUUGCUGAAGUAUGAAGGUCUAACCUGAAAAGUCGUUGUCUGGUGGCAGCUCCUAAAUCUGUAGUUAUUGCUCAGCAUUGAACUGUGCACUGGUAACAAGCCUGGUAAUCCCUCUACUUUUUGAAGAUGUGAUGUCCAUGAUUUCCACAAAGAGAGUCAAAUUUCAACUCAUCAGAGCACAGGACAGCAUUUCUUAAUCACAUUUAUAUCGGUCACAGUUCAGACACACAGAUGCUUGUGAAAAAGUUGAGACACUUUGUAAAACAUGAACAAAAACAGAAUUUAAAGGUUUCUGGAUCCUGUCUUUUGUUUGGUCCUCAGAUACCUGCAAGAGGUCGGGUACAUCGACACCAUCCUGGAUGUGAAGUCUCAGAGAGUCAGAGCGCUGCUCGGCCUCACCGGAGACUCAGGAGAGAAACCUUCAGACGCCAAAGCCGAACCUGUGGUCAACGGCACAGAGCCGUCCUCUUUAAAGGACAGCGGCAUGGUCAGGUGAGUGACGGUGCUGUUGAAGGAAACAGGACUAACAUACUAUAGAUCUACAUAAAGAACAUCAGACCCACCUCUUUUCUCUCCUCUGUCCCCUCAGUAAACCCGACAUGUCCGACUCCGCCACCGUGCUGGAGGCCUUCAAGUUUAUUGAGAGCGCUGCAGCAGAGUUCAGCGACGAUGAUGAUGAGGAGGACAGUGAAGGACGGGACAAGACCAUCCUGGACCUGGCUGCUGUAAGACAGGAAUACACUACUGUCAGCUAAUAUCUUUACUGAUUAGCGUUCUCGGUAUUUUAGCGAUAAUACUCACUAAACUAAAUGUCACAUCUCUCCUGUAGUAAAGUAUUUUUACACUGUGCCGUAAAAUUUGAAGUAUUUGAGCUUUUUACUGCUUACAUUUUAUCAUAGACUGCAGAUCCAACAAAUCAUUCGGUCUUUAAGAGCUUUUAUAAAGUGUCCUUUCUAACAUUGAGACCUGGGCUUGAAUUUCUUACUGCAUUUUUUUAAUGCAAGCAAAAACAAUAUACCCUGAUCCAAAAACCAAUUUUAAGGUUUAAUAAGACAAAGUUAUUCUUUAAGAGAUUCUCUCUUUGAACACAUGAGUAAAUGUUUUACCUGCUGUUGACAUGUGAGAUAAAAGAUACCUGUGCAGGUAGAAAAAGGAAAAUGAAAUGAUGUCCCUUUCCUGUCUGGUUUUUGUCAUUUAAGAGUCAAGUUUUUAACGUUACCCUCUGUUUUUGACUAUCAGCAGAUGGUGAGAAAGAAACAGUCCUCUACACCUUCCUCCACGACCUCUGACCUCAGCGAUGACCCUGACACAGAGGAGGCAUUGAAGGGUUUUGAUUUCCUGGCGAGUCCAGAUGAAAUGGACGGAUCACCUGAGUCCAGGAGUGGAGAGGACAGCGGAGAGUGGGGUGAGACUUCAGAUCAGUUUGCCCAUAAAACUAUUUUUUUUUUUUUUAUCUAAACAGAAGUCAGUGAGGUCAAAAAGGAGGUUUAUAAACCAAACACUUGCAGGCUCCAGUGAUUACUUUAUCCUCUGUGGACUGACCCAUGCUACCAGCUUGAACUUUCAGUGAAGCAAACAGACUCGUGUCACCUUUACGCUUCUAAUAUAAUGAUCUGUCUUUGAAGAUGGUUCCUGGUUUUGAACCUAGAAUAGAAUAGUCUUUAUUGUCAUUAUGUAGGUUUGUACACAACAAAAUGAGAGAGGCUUCUCCACUAGUGUGUUAUAAUAUAAAUAUAUAUAUAUAUAUUUGUCUAGCAAACAUCUUAAAAACAACAAAUGAGCUUAAGUACGACAGACAAGCAAUCAGCACUACAACAGUAACAUGAAAUAUUAUGGGAAACAAUUUCACAGGAUUUAAUCAGGGCUCUAGUCUCUGUUUUUGUGGUCUACGGGACUUUUUUGUGUCAAACCUUCAGGAGUUGCUACAGUAGAUUUUUCUGUCCCUCCACAGUGAAACAAACUGUACUGUCUGAAUGUCUUAAUCCAUGGGACAGUUGAAACCUGUCCUCUCAGAUUUCUGGUUCUUCACUGGUAGUGCAAAAAAAAGGGGAGCUCUCUGAUGAAGAUGAUGAUGUUAGUGGAACCUGAAACAGCAGUAAGAGUAAGAGCAACCAGACUCCAUUGAGAAAAACUUCCUCAGAGAUGAUGGUUUGUUUUAUGUAACAGUGUGUAUGUUGCAUUUCUUCAGAUGAACCUGGAGGUCAGGGGUCAUAGGUUUGGAAACUAAAAAAAAACUGCACAUUUCAAACGGAGGCUGAAAUAAAAUGAGUCUUUGUAUUUUCUAAAAGGUGUUUUUUCCAAAAGAAAAACUCCCCCUCAGACGGCCACUAAUCUGAUCACUAUGAUAGAAAUGAAGUAAGCAGAAGGUGCUGAUGUUCUAAAGGCACAAAAACCACCUGAACAGCAAAGCUCUGCCUCCUUAUCACCUUCCAGCCUCAGCUGAUUUCGACCUGAUGAAGGAGGUCACAGUUGGACUAAUGUGUUUACAUGCAUUUUAAAAAUUCUGAUUUACCUGGACUAAGGAAAUCACCUUAAUCCACAACUUGAGCCUGUGAGGGACAAAAACAUAAACCCACUCUCAUCUUACUGGUCAACUUCCUGGAACCUUGCCAAGGGAAGAGCCUGCUGUUAUAGUAACAAAGACUAUCAAAGCAGGAAAGACCAUCUUGGUGCUUGCUGAAGAUCAGCAAAGAAAUCAGAGGUAUCAAUUUGGCCACAGGGGGCGCCAGAAUCACCACAAAUGGACAGUUUUAAAGCUUUGAAGCUGUGACACCAACUUUAAAAUUUUGAAUCAGCUGACAAUGAGCAGGAAUCACAGACAGAUAGUUGUUUCAAGAUAUUUAGAUUUGAUAAGAGCAGCUUCAGGCCACCUGCACCAACACACUUCCUCUCUAAAUAUAAAACUCUCCUCAAAAUUCAAGUAUGCAGCUGGUGACCUGUCGUCCCCCGCAUUUUUCACUCACUCCUUUUUUCCCACUGUUACCUAGCAACACAUUCAGUGGCGUUUUGGCCAAUGACAAAAAUGUGAACCCCACGCAGUCGGUGACUCAACACCUCACAGUCCAGAUAGCAGUGAAGGAGACAUCAGUAAAGGGGGCACCAGUGAAGGAGACAUCAGAGAAGGAGACAUCAAUUAAGGAGACUUCUAUGAAGGAGACAUCAGUUAAUUAUACAUCUGUGAAGGAGGCAUCAAUGAAGGAGACACCAAGAAAGGAGACGAUAGUAAAGGAGACUUCAGUGAAGGAGACAUCAGUAAAUUAGACAUCAGUGUAGGAGAUUUAGUGAAUGAGGCAUCAGAAGAGGAGUAUCAAUGAAGGAGAUAUCAGUGAGGACAGUUUUAGUUAAAGAGGUAUCAGUGAAGGAGGUCUCAGCAAAUGAGACAUUAGUAAAGGAGACAUCAGAUAAGGAUGUAAUAUCUGUGAUGGAGGUUUCAGUGAAGGAGACAUCAGUGAUGGUGGUUUCACGUCUCUAUGUUGGAGAUUUUGAAGCCUACAGGAGCAGAAAUCUGUGACUUUAUUGAAAUCUAAAAUGCUGAAUCUAAAAGUCUCUCAGUGUGCUGAACUGUGAGCAGGUCUUUGUCUCCAUAAACUCACAAAUAUGUCAUAUAUCAGAGGGAAGGGAAAGGGCCUCUCUGAUUGGCUACGAGCCCCUCAGUUAUGAAACAGGUUUUGUCAUUUCUGAGGCUUUUCUUCUUGAACCCACGCCACCUCCUCGACCCAGCACGUCAAUUGCCCCGGGCUUCCAGGAAGGAUGAUGAGAUCGUCUCUUUGUCUCAGCUCGCUGUUAUCAUGGCAGCACUCAGUCCUACAGAAUCACCCUCAGUAAUUCCUCCAUGGCUGUCAUCUUAACCCCAUGACCAUCUGCACACCAUCUUUAUUUUGAGCACCGUCUCAGCUGUCAGGGAAUGUGGGGGAUUUUUUUUAUCUAAAGUUUCUCGAAGAGAUUGUACCAUCAUCUCUGUUAUAUUCUCCAUAAUGUCAUGUUCACAUCAAACUGGAAGUAAAGCAUAUAUUUGUUUUAUUAAAACAACAACAUCAUAAAGCUCAGUGUAGCUGCUCAGCAUAGCUACACAUCAUGACCGUCAGGUUGUUUCUCCAGAUGAAUGAAGCUCCACGGCUUCACUAAUGAACCCUCGCAAUCUACUUUGUAUUGGAAGCCCCGCCCCACUUUGGAGACAGUGAAUGCAGGAGGGUCAUCAAUGAUCUGGGGAGGGUAGAUGGGGAACAGCUAAGGACCAUGGAAGAAACCGGCUUGAGGAGAGACACGUGGAAUACUAGAUGGAUGUUGAGGGAGUUAGGCAGCUUCAGUUUAAAAGAGGAGGGAUUGAUGAUUUUAUUAACAGGGAAAGGACCAAUGAAGUGAGGAGCAAGCUUACGUGACACGACUUGAAGAGGGAAGUCCUGGAAGGACAACCAGACCAACUGUCCCAGCUAGUGGGCAGGGGCAGCGGAAUGAUGUAGAGCUUAUGAGCAGGAGGUGAUUAGGUUGAUCAGGUAAAGGUGCGAAGGUGCAGGAGGCGCUUUGGCUGAAGAAGAGCUGCCAAACCUCUGUAAGGGGAAAAGGGAGACUCCACACACUGUAAAAACGACUCCAUGGUGCCCUCAAGUGUUAAAACCAGUGUAAUCAUGACAAGGGACUGAAAUUUCACGAGUUUCAAACUUGAUGUAAAAAAUCUGGAAGUGUUUUUUUAAUUAUAUUUUACUGCACUUUUUGCCUCUAAGUCAAACAAUUCAGUAGACAGAAGCGAGUGGCACAUAAGACACUUAGCGGCUUUGCAUCAAUCUCCUGUACAUCUGGCUGUUUGCACCAUAAGCAACAUGAACUUGCAUUGCGUCUUUACAUCAACUCUACAUGUAAUUCACUCGCUCCUUUAGUUAUUUUGUAUCCAGAGUGAACACAACAUGAGAGGGCACUGUUUAAUUUUCGUCUGACCAAUUAUAAACUAACGCCCCCAUGAGCAAGAGAAAGGAACAGCAGCAGAAGUUACAACCUGGGCCAGGUUGAUGAAAAUGUUUAAUCUGGAUCAGAAAGAUCUUGAUCUGGUGAGUGAGGAAGAAUUAAUCCAAUUUUUGAAGAUUACCAAACAGGUGCUCUACAUGGGGCUUCAUUCUUAAGACUUUGUCCACAAGGGUCACCAAAAUCCACACAAACUGAAAGAUCUUCACAGCUGCUUUAACUAAACUGGAUAUAGUUUACAGCCCCAUGUUCUGUUUUAACCACCAGGAGACUGCAGACAUUCAGGAACUUUAGAGACAAACCAUCUCAGAUCGUGUCUUUAACAUGAUGCAAGCACGACAGUGGGUUUUGUAUUUGUGGUCAUUAAAGAGAGUGUCAAAUGUGUUUUUGAAAUCAUGUUUUCUUGACUGUGUGGGCUAUUUUUAAAGUGUUGUUCUACUGCAUUAACAUGUCACAUGCAGACCUGAGAGGAACCAUCCGACUUAUUCACUCAAUUUUAGUUUGUUUGUUUUUUCUGUUAAUUUUUGUCUUGUCUGUCUUUGUCUUUGUUUCCACCAUCAUCAGUAUAGACACGUGGAUAUGUUUCACCUUUUCUCACUGUUUCAUGUUUGUGUGACUUUAGGAGAAAUAGUCUCAGUGUUUCUUAAGAUUAAACUUUAAAAAUUGACUAUUUUUAAUGAAAGGAGUUUUUUUGUUACCAAAGAAAUAGACUGACAUCAAUGCCUCUUUUUAACCUUUAAAAACAAACACAUCAGUAAUAGUGACAAGCAACAACAAGAGGAGAGGGGCCGCUUUGAUCACAGGAGGCGCAAAAAAAAAAAAAGUUCCUUACUGAAGCUUCAAGUAGAGUCUCUGCAAACUCAGGGCAUCCAAACUGAAAGAUAUUUCUGCUGCAGCCACCAAACGAUUUGAAGAAGAAUACUUUUGUAAGUUAGACAGGAAAUAGCUUGUUUUUCUGGCACCUGUUUUAUUGAAAAAAGGGGGAAAGUUUUCCUCUUUUUUGACACACACAAAAAAAAAAAACAUAAAAAAAGACUGUUUCCCCCAGAUCUCCCUUCCUUAUCCCACCUGCCUUAGAAAUUUGUUGUUUGAUAAGUUUUGAAAUGCAUCCAACCACUCACACCAGGUUUCUACCUCACCCCCCUCCCCCUUCCUCCCCUGCUCCCCCCUCCUUCCCCUGCUGGCCUGUAGAGAAGGAAGAGCAGUCUCCUUUGGGUGAGCUGGCCUGGGACGUGGACCAGGGACUGAUAGCCCAGCUCAAGGAGCAGUACAAGAAGGAACGCAAGGGCAAGAAGGGGGUGAAGAGUAAGUCCUGAUCCAGGCCUGGAGCUCAUCCUCUGUCCUCACUCACUUUUUACUUUUCCUUCUCUGCUUCUCUUUUUUUCUGUUCAUCACUCCCCUUUCUUUGGAAAACAUUUUAAUCAGCCUUUUACUUUGAAAGUGCAGCCUUACACAGGAAGUCAUACCAGCUAGCUUGAAUUAAAAGAAGAGUUUGGAGUUUCAAGGUUUUAAACUUGAGCUCAAUCUUUUUUGGAAGACAGACGUUACAGGCUGCAACCUAAUCAAAGAGUUCGACAGUAAGAAUUUUUAACAAAAACAGUUUUUUGAAGAUAGUGAUUUGCUCAACAGGGUUGGUGAAGUUGACCAACAGCUGAUCCAGCAGUGAUCAGCUAAUCCAGCAGCGAUCAGCUGACACACAGAGGGGCGCAGGGAUGUGACUUUAGGGAACUGAGACAUAGUCAAAGAAACCCAAACUGAUUUUUUGUUCCAGGAUGUAAACAUGUUUAUUUCUGCUGUCAAGUUUAAUAUGGGGCUCUGAGGGGACUGACUCGCUGUUGGAGACAGCCUCUAGUGGACAGGAGAGGAACUGCAGCCAUAGAGACCUUGGCCUCAUUUUCAUUCACUUAAUUACGCUCUCAGUUCAGAACAUUGUAUUAUGAUGUUCCACUGCCUCUUGUGGCUGAAAUGAGCAUUACAACCACAAAUUCUUCAACAAUUAGCUCCAUGUUUUCACAUACUGUAUUUGGACCGUAAAAAAAAUAAUUGAAGAAUUUUUUUCGACUUCUUUUUAAAUAAUAAAAACAGAAAAAAACUUAAGAUUUAUCCUAAAAAAAUGAUUUUUGCUUUUUUGGUGGAGUCUCUCUGUCUUACACUUACUGACACUAAACACAGAUCUACCCUCCAGGGCUGAUCGUUUUCUAAGACCAUCAGUGUGUUUGAAGCCUCAAACUGAGGAAGAGUAAUUCUUCAUCUUUGAGUGAAGACGACAGUAACAGGAUUCUUGUAACUGUGAUAAUGGCACAUUCAUGCAUCUUGUAUAUCAAAGCACAGGUAUUAUACCCGGUAAAACAUCAGAGCUGACCCUGUUUGUUUCCUGUCUGUUCCUUCAUCUCUUUGUGCUGGGGAGUUUUGUCAUCCAAACAGCAGCUGGAACAUUUCCUCUUUUCCUUCUGCAGCGAUUUCUCUUCUCUCUGUGUUUGCCGUCACUUUUCUUCUUCAGUUUGAUUUUUCAUCUUCUUUGUUCAAGUCCUCUGCAGAACUGCAGCUACAGAAACAUCUGCUGGUUCAUUUUCAACAGUCACCGUGAAAACUUAAUUCACUAACCUUUUCUCCUUCUCUUUUCCUCCCUUGCUCCUUUCCUCACACCCUGCCUCCAUGUUUUUUUCCUCCUCUGAUUUUGUUUCCCAUCUUCCUCCUCCUUUUCCUCCUCCUCCUUGUCCUCCAGGACCAAACCGGUCUAAGCUCCAGGACAUGCUGGCUAACCUGCGGGAUGCCGAAGAGAUACCCACCAUGCAGCCAUCAGUUACACCCCCCUCUCGGCCCACUGUCCCCCGGCUUAAUGAGCAUGAAAUAGGACGACCUGAAGAUGGUAAACUGCCUCGCUCUUGUAACACAUGUGUGUUAAAAGUUAACAAAAAUGGCCUAAGGAGGUUUUUCUGUCUGUUUCCCUGUAGAAGCUAUGACUUUCCUGCCAUCCUCUGGGAAAUCGUUCAUCCUGGGCCGAGUGGACGAAGCGGUUUCUAAUGAACUGGGUCUGGGAGAACUGGCCGGGCUCACCGUGGCCAAUGAGGCUGAAAGUCUGGGCUAUGAUGUGAGUAAAAAAAACCCCUCAGACUCCAUCUUCAGUCCUGCUUUAAGGACUUAAACUAAAACUACAUGCCCAAGUUUGUUUUAUGGAUCUCUAAAAUAUGCUCCAAGUUUUCUUCAGACUAAAUUAAGAAUCUGAUGAACAGCAUUUCUGUCCUUGUGGGUUAGGUAGUGACUCCUUUAUUUCACAAUGGAAAUAUACAAACAAGUUUACCCAAAAAGAAAAAUCAACAAAAAUUCCUCCGUCACAUGUCUUUGUCCAGAAUUCAGUGAAAGCCGAGUUUCGAUCUUCUAACUCUUUUAGUUUCCACAGAGAGUACAUUUUUAAAACUGGUGACCUGAAGCCAUGAAACAAAAGUGAUCAGUUAUCACUAAAGAUCUUUCCAUCUAUCCAUCAUCUUUUUUUCCAUCUAUCCAUCUAUGUGUGAAUUUAUCAUCCAUUCACCCGUAAAUCUCACAAUCUCUCCAUUUCCCUGUAUCACUGUCAUAUGUAGAGCUCAGCUCACCUCGUUCUGUAUUUACUGUCAUCUUCCAUCAAAUUUCCUCAUAAAAAGUCCCUCAAAUGGCAAACAGUUGAUUUCUGUUUUCACUUGUUUACAGUUUAACUUGUUCAUUUUGUCUUUUUAGCUUUGCCGGCUCAUUAUGAUGGUCUCAAUCCUAAUUGGCCUUCUCCUAUCCUUCUCUCUUUUUUUGACUUUUCCUUGUAUCAAAUUUAGGUUUCAAAACACAGUGAAAUAUAAACUCCUUCCUAAACAUGCAUGGAUGUAUCACUCGUGUUUUUCUGCUAAAUCUUACAUUUAAAUUCAGCUGGCACUCAGAGUUUUUGCCUCCACUGUAUUUUUGAUUCCUCUCACUGUUGACUGUGUCCAGAGUUUGUUUUUCUCUGUUUAAGGUUCAGACAAGUUGAUUUUAGAAAUAAAAUGCCAUAUAAAAUAGACUGUACCUCUCCUCAUCCUUAGAUCGGGAACAACAAAGAUGCUCUGAGAAAAACCUGGAACCCAAAGUUUACUUUGAGGAGCCACUUCGACUCAGUUCGGAGUCUGGCCUUCCACCCAGUUGAGCCAGUCCUUGUCACGGCGUCCGAGGAUCACACACUCAAACUGUGGAACCUGCAGAAGACGGCGCCCGCCAAGAAGUAAGAGUCUAAACCUGCAGCAGAGGGUUUUAUCAGAGACAGGCUUUCAUCACUGACUCCCAUAUAUCUGGGUUCCCUGAUCUGAACCUGUUUUCAAAUGCUGAUGAUGCUGUCUUUGUCAUCCUCCAGGUGUGCUGCUUUAGACGUAGAGCCCAUCUACACAUUCAGAGCUCAUAGGUGAGAUCUUGUUUGAGAAUCUUCUCUUACAGCAGAAAGGUCUAAAUUACAUAACAUACCAACUGUAUUAUGUUAUAUAAUCCUGGAAACCUUGGAAAGAGUUUUGAUUAUUACAACCCCAGAUCCAAGAUGGUUGAGACGGUACAUUUAAUCUUGAUUAAAAACAGAUUUUGAUCGUUUAUUUAAAUGCCAAAUUUGAGUUUUUAAAAAGUGCAAAAAGGAAAAGUAGCCAAUGUUGUGAUGAAGUAAGAUGUGACUUUGAUUUUAGAAAUCAUGAACACAUCCAGUGGAAAGCUUUUCACUGUUUCGCCUUGUUUUUUUCCAGCUCUACUAAGGGGUCAUUCUGAUAUGAAAGCGUUAGUUUUGGCGCCCCCAGUGGACAGAGUGCUGCCUCUUAGAGUUUUGCUGACUCUUAUCCUGUACAUUUAUAACUCAUGUUAUGGUUCAUCUCUCUGUACAGUUAAGUUCUUUUCAUGUUUUUCCUUAUGUAGCGGAGCAGUGCUGAGCGUCACCAUGAGCUCCAGUGGUGAGCAGUGCUUCAGUGGGGGGGUAGAUGGGACCAUUCAGAGCUGGAACACCCCUAACCCAAACAUCGACCCCUACGACUCAUAUGGUAUGAUCUAGCGUUAAUUCAGCAGCAUGAUAGCUGUUUCAGAAAACUGAUUUCUGACUCCUCCCCUCUUUUCUUCCUGUAUUUGGUUCUGCAGAGUCCUCUGUCCUUCGGGGGGCACUGUGUGGUCACACAGACUCAGUGUGGGGUCUGGCCUACAGCUCAGCCCACCGUCGCCUCCUCUCCUGCUCAGCUGAUGGAACAGUCCGACUGUGGAACGCCGCUGACAUUGCGCCAUCUCUUGCUGUUUUCAACGAGCGAGGAGGUGAGGACCUUCUUUCCUGUUAUUGACUAUGGAGAUGUGUUAGACAUGAACGCUUCUGCUCACUGUCUUUCAAGGCUUGAUAGUGUGUACCACGGGGCACUAAGAUUCAUUACCAACUGUCAUCAACUUACUCACCAUUGCAUUCUCUACUCUAAAGUUAACUGGACUUCUUUAUGCAUUUGAUGCCUCACUCACUGGUAUGUCUUCAUGAACAAAGCCAUUCUGGGCAAUAUCCCGUCAUAUUUGUCUAGUUCCUUAACAAGAAAGCAUGGAAGUUGCAGUCUCCGUCCUGUGGAUGUUCUACAGUUAGUUGUCCCCAAAGUGAGAACUGAACUGGGCAUGAAGGGUUUUAGGUUUUCAGCCCCUAAUACCUCGAACAAACUACAGUUUGAACUUCACCUUCAAGCUCUUGUGAUGCUAAAUGAAUUUAAAACUAUAGUGAAAUCAUUACAAUCUACCUCAAAUGUGUGUAAGUGUUUUAUGUGAGAUUGUUUUAAUGUUGAGAAGCCGCCCUCUUGGUCUCCCUUGUGAAAGAGAUUUGUAAUCUCAAUGGGACCAACCUGGUUAAAUAAAGACUAAAUCAAAAAUAUUCAGCUCCCUGCUUCCCUGGAACUUUCCUGAUUCAUAAAUUCUCCAUUUCACGUGCACACAUGAAAAGCCAAGGCAGGGAGAGCAACAGCAAAGACUCCCAGGCUCUGUUCUGAAAGUCUCCUCCCUUUCCUCAUGUGUAAGUGAAAUGCCAAAGCCUGAGGCUGAGGAGAGCACACCUUGUUGCCAUUUCAUGUACAUACGUAAAAAGCUGUGGUGGACAGAGGAGUAGCAAUGAUCCCAGGGGUACAGAACAGAGCUGGCUUUAGUGACAAACCAUACAACUCUUGUAGAAACAGAUGCAGCAUAAAAAGGAGGAGCUGGGGUGGAGGUUGGUUGCACAGAAAGUAGUUUGCUUGGUAGACUUUGUGGCCUGCCUGGACUAGUACUAUACUCACUGUCUUAUUUCCAGUUUUUCUUUCAUUGAAGUCUGAGUUGACUUGAUGUAUUCUAUGAUGAGUCUCUGCUGUGUUUGUGUCAGAACUUGGCGUGCCGACCUCUGUUGACCUGGUGAGCUGUGAGCCGGCCCACAUGGUGACGUCUUUCACCAGCGGACAUAUUGGACUCUACAACAUGGAGACGCAGCAACUGGUCCUGAAGCUGGAGUCUGCUGGCCCCCCAGGUACAAGAGUCAGAGUACAGUUGGGCGGUUUGAUCUCAUUGCAGUGGCCACAUUAUUGUUGUUAAAAGCUCCAGAUUCCAAAUAUUUUACGGGAUACGGGAUGAAGUGUGCAGCGAUUUGAAUUUAUAAUAAAAGUCCCAAGAUUAAUAAUUGAUCAUAAUCUUAAAUUAUGACAUUUAUGCACUUGUUGAAAGGGGCACCACCCUCCCUUAAUGGUGGGAAAAUAAAGAAAAACAAAAGUUCAAUUCAGGAAUCAAACAUUAAGUCAAUCUUGAAUUAAUUAAUCUCUUAUCUCUAGAUGAAACUCUCAUUUCAGGGACGGACACUAACAGACAAGAACUUAGAAAAAAUAAAUGAUCUGUUUAUUACAGGAUAAAUGAUGGUACAACAUACAUUCUCUUAAGGAAUGCAGUUUUUAUCAGUACAUGGUUGGUAAGGUUUUAUGACCAAGGUCUGGAGGUCAGCAUCCUGCUCUUCUGACCUUUCCUUGGAUCCCGUGUGUUCACUCACUUAAAGACAGUAAAUCUCAAAUGGGAGACCUGGGUUGAGGCGUUAAUGAUUAUUUACAUGGUCAGUGUUGGGGUCAGUUUGAAAGGUAAGGGAGCAGAGGUUUCGGUCAACCUCAAGUUGGGUCAGUUGGGUAACCUAACAGUGCAAACAAGUCGGGAAAGAUUUAUAUGAUCCUGUGUCCUGGGACCAGAUAAGGAACCUUUCCUGCAAGAAAUGUGUGGGUUUCACACACAGGGUUGUCUCUAUGCCACAAGUGUCAUCAAUUAAAGAUUGUGUGUCCCUGGAUGAAGUUUUUCUCUUCUGUCUUGAUGAACUGAAAAUCACCAUGUUAAAUGCUCAGGUUGUGUUUCUCACAUCCUCCCCCGCACAGAGGCUCCCUGCAAGAUCAACAAAGUGCUGAGUCACCCCACGCUGCCAAUCACCAUCACAGCUCAGGAGGACCGGCACAUCCAGUUCUUUGAUAACAACACAGGUAACACAGGAACACCACCAAGACAAGCACCACCUCCACUUCCAUCACAGACACCCAGCUGCUGCAACAGAGCAUUAAAGAGACAUUACACUGAUUUCACAGGUGGAACUCUGUCUCAGUAAUUCUCCUUCAGCUCUGGGAAUACCAGUGGGUAAAAAAAACGAUUGUGUUAUGGUUUGGGUCAUCAAGGUUGUCCUGAUUGGUUCAAAUGUGCAGAUCAGUGUCACUUUAAUUACUUCAGAGAACAUCCAUAACUCUUCUGUGAAUCAGAAAUUGUGUUAUAUCAGUGUGAAGUGUGUUUUUUUCUGCUUUGGUGCUUAUUAAGGAAUCAUCGUUUUCUGUUUUUUAAUCAUAGGGAAACUUAUCCACUCGAUGGUCGCCCAUCUGGACUCUGUGACGUGUCUUGCUGUGGAUCCAAAUGGGCUGUACCUCAUGUCUGGAAGUGAGUGCUCUGCUGCCUGUGUAGAGAUCCUUUCUGCCACACACUUAAAAUACUAACCUGAGCCUGUCAUGCUGAAACAAUAACUUGUAGUGGGUGUGUUUUGGUGACUGAUCAGCAGCCUUUAUGGCCUGUAUGACGGCUGCAGGCUGAAACAUCCACAAACACAAAGACUGUACUGAACCGUGUACUGCUACACCCCACGAAUAAUAUAUGGUAACAAUAUAUAAGUGUCACAAGAAUGGAAAGAUGGAUGCCAUAGAAAGCAGGUUUUUCUGUAAUCCCUCCCCUCCUUCUCAUCCUCUCUUCCUCUGUCUUUCUCUCUCUUUCAGGCCACGACUGCUCCAUUCGUCUGUGGAACAUGGAGAGUAAGACAUGUAUCCAGGAGUUCACCGCUCACCGCAAGAAGUUUGAGGAGUCGAUCCACGAUGUGGCGUUUCACCCGACCAAGUGCUACAUCGGCAGUGCAGGGGCAGACGCCCUUGCAAAGGUCUUAGUAUGACCUGAAAACGAUCCCCAGCUUUUCAGACUGUGGGGCUCAGAGGACGGUGGAGUCUUAGAGAUAGAGGGGAUAGAGUCUGGAUAAAGAGGCAGGAAAGGGGGCAGUGACUCAGACUGCUCCUUUAAAAUUUGUGAAAUAUUUCUCCCUACACCUCCCCCCACUUCGGACUUUGGCUGGCCCGGGUCUCGAAAACAAACCCACCUCUGGACGAGCCAAUGAAUGAAACAAGAAGUGGUGAAAAAAAAAAAGCAGGAGCUCUUAGUACACUACAGUACAGCUGGAAUCUUUAUAUUUCUUUCUCUAACCUAAAAACUGUCAACCCAUCACUUCCCCUGGACUCUGCAUCUGCAGCCUGUGGUUCAUAAAAAUCAUGAUAAUGUGCCUUUUUCGUUACCACAGAGAUUCGUUUUGAAUUUGAGGGAAAAAAGCAGCCAGUUCUUCUUUUUCUUUGCUAAAUAUCGCCAUUGAUCAUUACAUUAUCGCUCCACUUUCACGUGACGAUGGCCCCAGAGUGCACAGGACUCCAUGGACUUCGAAAUGAUUUAGCCUUUUUUUGCUCUUGAAACAGAAAGUUUGAGUUUGCCUGCAGCCUGAAGAAGAUUUUGAUGUUUUAUCUUGUAAACACCCACAUGGGGGAAGGCAAGGAGUCAAAGGUCAGGACGUUAUUUUAAAGCGACUCCUUCACUCAUAAAGAUCAGUGUUAUAUGCCGGGUGAAGCCUCCUCUUCCAAAUACAGCAUGUGACACAAUAAGAGUUUUGAAUCAAGAGCUUCCUCCAAAGUGAAAUAACUGACGUCUUUGAGGUCGCUGCCGGCCUGUUUGAGGUGCAAAUUGAUUUUCCCAAAGUGGCUGUAAAAUAUUUUGGGUGAGAUCUCUUCUGAUUCUGUAGUUUUGCUUAAUGUUGUUACUUGAUUUGAAAACCUGCUGCUUGUUUUCUUUAUUUAUUCUUUAUUAUAUAUUUUUUUUACCAAAAGACGCCAAUUUGAAGCCAAAUGGUUCAACCGGAUAAAUGACAAGGCACUCCAAAAAAAACAAAAACAAGUAUGCUAAUGCUAACUAACUCCUUCAAAAGGGAAAGUCUGGUACCUCUGAAGCCUGUUUUGCAUAGGCUCGGGAUUUAGGGUCCAACUGGUUCAAAAAAGAGUGAAAGUUGCUUCAGCAGUAAAUCAGGCUGUUAUGGCUGCAGCAGAAACAUUUGGUGCAAAAAUACCCACUGAAAGUUCUUGUUUUGUUCCUGACAGGCUUAGACUAUUACUCUAAGAGUCUGACAGCGUAAGUGACUCAAUCCCUGCAGAAACUUUUGUAAAACACUGACUUUGUUGAGCUACUGUUAUUGUGAAUGGUCAGUUUCUUUUUGACACUGAAUGACUGAAAACUUUGGAGAUUUACGAACAAACAAACUGUAAUAUAAGCAGCUGAAGUUUUCUGCAAGUAAAAUUAAGUGUUUUGUUAAUGAAGUUUGGUGCAGUCAAGGCACUGAUUCUGAUCAUCCCCUGAAAGAAGUAGGACCUUAACGUAUUUUGUCAAACAUUAAAAAAAACAGUGUGAGCCUUCAGGGCUGCUCCAUUAUGGCAAAACCCAUAAUCGCAAUUAUUUUGACUUAUAUUGAUACCAUGACGUUUAUCUGUGAUUUGGUCUAUAAUCAUAGGUAUAAUUAAAUUCUGAAAAUUGCCCAGUUCUACCGUGUGGUAUAUCAAACAGGGAUUUGGUCAGGCUCAUCAGUCUCAGAUGGUUUCUUUACAGCUAUUACAGCCUGUUUGAUGGCUGCUGUCUGGAGCAGUUGAACGUGUUUGCACAUUUUGGCCACUUACAUCCUAAAAAUGUAUAAAAUAUUAGUGUACAUGUUAAAAAAAACACCAGAAUUACCCUUUAAGUAUCACCUGUCCCCAACUCUACACAGACUCCUCUCCAAGAUGCUUUUAUGCUGACUGCCUGAAAAUAUUGUAUUUUGUGUAAUUCUUGGUAUUUGGACGGAUUACUAGUUUUUUAAAAAGGACUCUUUGUGUUUGGUGAUGGACUUGUACAACACAGGUAGAUAUUUUUUUAAAGACAUGUUAUCUGUUUGACUGGAAAAUUAAGUUUGUUCCUUUGGGGGUUUUUUCAGGUGUUGUAGAAUGAACAAAAACCACUUCACCUCUCAGCACCUCUUAACACUUUUGAUUCUGCGUGGUACCAAAUGAUCAUCUCAUAAAGCAGCUUUGUUCCUGAAUGGUUGAAACUUUGAGGGUGGAACUUUUGAGUGCAAGCGAUGUAAAAAGGACAAAGAUAUGUGUACAGUUUUUAAGUAUUAAAGCAGAUCUAUUUAUAUACCUGGUGGAAUUAAGGGACACUUUAAUUGCAAUGUGCAAGUGAGCGUAUUAUUUAUCUACGUGAGCAGAAAGAUCAAAUGUUGUCUGUGUAAUCAGUAACAGAGUAAGCUAGAGGCUGUAGUUGAAUCAUGUAAAACCACGUAAAAAUGAAUGGAGUCUGGUUGUUUGGUUGGUAAGUUUUAUUUUAUAGUAAGCUGUUCCUUUAAAAGGCCUGUUUUCAGAUAGUACUCAAACUGCAGUCUAAAGAAGGCAUAAUCCACCCAUAGUCUGUCUAUUCCAAAACCUUGGGUUAGCGUUUUAAAGUCAGCACCUGGAUUUUUUAAGGCUAAAAGUGACCAAAUUUGGCCAAGCUAGUGGAACCAGAGGGUCAGAAGGACCUGGUGAGUGAAAAGUUAGCAACUCUCAACUACGAGGUUAAGCUUUUGGAGUGAAGUUACCCCCUGUUGGCCAUUAGAAAAUACGCACUUUAGUGUUGUAAUACCACCCACUUCAUGAAAUCAAAGACACAGAACUCCUUAGAUGCUUUAAGAGACAGUACCAGAACUGUCCCGAUGCUGGGGUCAGUCCACAGUCUCUGUAUCCUUUUAUGAUGGUUGUCUUGUCAGAUUUGGCAAUCUCAGGCACAGUUCUGUGACUUUACCAACAGACAUGUAGACUAUACACUUGUACCCAACCAAUCACAUUGGUGACAUUGAAAGAAAAAGGGGUGGGGCCAAAAAUGCUAAUGGAAUUUUUGGUAACCCCCUGACUGGACUUACCUGAAGGCAAUUCAAUUUUUUCAGCAUAUCUGUUUCUUUCAUACUUCCUAAGACAUGAACCAGGAUGGGUAAAGCGAAAACAUACCAGACUCCAUUCACAUUUUCUACUUUUUCACUCUCAGAGCAAUAGAAGUGAUAUGUUUGCCAAUAACAUAGUCUCACCUUACACAUGAAUGGUAAACCCUUCAGAGCUGAUAAUAAAACACGUCAGCACUAACACUAGCCUGUAGAGCAUCAGCAGCUGAUCUGUGUCAGUCAUAUUUAGAUUUUAUUGUCUUCAGUGGCCAAACGCAAAGCUGAACCCUCAACCUGAAAACCUGAUCAAGUUCAGUUUGCCUGUAAAUUAUUGUUGUUCUUUAAUGUGUACAGUGAAACUAUGACAGAGAUUAUAGACACUAAUUUGACUGUACAUACAGUAAAUACAGGUGUUGUUUUCUUAUUUCAUUGUUGUUCUUUUUAUUUUUCAAAAUGGGAGAGUGAGAUUUAUCAGUAACAAUAAAGAAAUAUGUUAUAUAUCACCA